ACUCCAACCUCUUUUCCUGAACUGCUCCUGCUCCUACUCGGGUUGCAUGGAAAAAAGCGUUUCGGUUUCUAAAAUUCAUUGCAGCUGUGCAGAUAAAACACAACUGCUUCUACAGGGUGGUGUAUUAGGAUGUGGAAACAGCCGAGACCCAACGAUCCCCAGACGAUGGAGAUGGCCGGGUGCCAUCUUGACACCCCGGCGCCUUCCCAGGCCGAACGUCAUGUGCAAAACGUGUCUGGUCCCUGGCAAAUUUCGAACACUGGGUGGGAUAGGUUAGAGGGGAGUCACCCUCGUCAUCUUAGGGUGGGAAUCAACCCAUUACCUAGUGCAUUAGCCGUCAUGGGCAGUGUUGAGUCCUACUCAAGGAUAGACCUCUGGAUGUUAUGGGUCUUAAUUAUCGUUUAUUUCACUUGGCCUGCUCGGCUGGCAUGACUCAUAGUGGCAGUGACCCAGGUAUUAACUGAUGGGUGACAGGCUGCAUCAUGCUUGGAUUACAGCCAUUAGCUGUCAAGCGUUGCCAAGUCAUGACGCAGGCCAGUAGAGGAGAUCGCACCCUUCAUGUGACUACUCAGAUGUAAGCCCCAUUGAGUCCAACAGGACUGGCACCCAAGUAAAGGGAGUUUGUUCCAGUCCCACCCUUUUCUCUAAGGAGCUCCGGGUGUCAUAUAUAUGCCUCUCCCCGUCUCAUUUAAUCCCCUCAACAACACUAGGCUGAAAUGCCAUUGAUUGGGCCAGGGUCGCCCAGUGAGCUUCAUGGCUGAGUAGGGGUUUGAACCCCAGUCAUUACUUGAUAGCUUCCUAUUAAAGGUAAAGGGACCCCUGACCAUUAGGUCCAGUCGCGGCCGACUCUGGGGUUGCGGCGCUCAUCUCGCUUUACUGGCCGAGGGAGCCGGCGUACAGCUUCCGGGUCAUGUGGCCAGCAGGACUAAGCCGCUUCUGGCGAACCAGAGCAGCGCACGGAAAUGCCGUUUACCUUCCCGCUGGAGCGGUACCUACUUAUCUACUUGCACUUUGAUGUGCUUUCAAACUGCUAGGUUGGCAGGAGCAGGGACCGAGCAACGGGAGCUCACUGCGUCGCGGGGAUUCGAACCGCCGACCUUCUGAUCAGCAAGUCCUAGGCCCUGUGGUUUAACCCACAGCGCCACCCGCGUCCCUAUUAGUUUAUAUUAUUUCUUGAUUAUUAUUAACGCUGGGUGCCUGGCGGCGGUGACCAGGGAAAGGAACGAGGGAAUAUUAUUCACGAAGCUUGUUGAGGGGCUAUCCUGGGACUCUUAUUUGCAGUGUUAGUUGUUGUCGUUUAGUCGUUUAGUCGUGUCCGACUCUUCGUGACCCCAUGGACCAGAGCACGCCAGGCACUUCUGUCCUCCACUGCCUCCCGCAGUUUGAUCAAACUCAUGCUGGUAGCUUCAAGAACACCAUCCAACCAUCUCAUUCUCCGUCGUCCCCUUCUCCUUGUGCCCUCCAUCUUUCCCAACAUCAGGGUCUUUUCCAGGGAGUCUUCUCUUCUCAUGAGGUGGCCAAAGUAUUGGAGCCUCAGCUUCAGGAUCUGUCCUUCCAGUGAGCACUCAGGGCUGAUUUCCUUCAGAAUGGAGAGGUUUGAUCUUCUUGCAGUCCAUGGGACUCUCAAGAGUCUCCUCCAGCACCAUAAUUCAAAAGCAUCAAUUCUUCGGCGAUCAGCCUUCUUUAUGGUCCAGCUCUCACUUCCAUACAUCACUACUGGGAAAACCAUGGCUUUUACUAUACGGACCUUUGUUGGCAAGGUGAUGUGUCUGCUUUUUAAGAUGUUGUCUAGGUUUGCCAUCGCCUUUCUCCCAAGGAGCAGGCGUCUUUUAAUUCUCGUGGCUGCUGUCAACAUCUGCAGUGAUCAUGGAGCCCAAGAAAGUAAAAUCUCUCACUGCCUCCAUUUCUUCCCCUUCUAUUUGCCAGGAGGUGAUGGGCCCAGUGGCCAUGAUCUUCAUUUUUUUGAUGUUGAGCUUCAGACCGUAUUUUGCGCUCUCCUCUUUCACCCUCAUUAAAAGGUUCUUUAAUUCCUCCUCGCUUUCUGCCAUCAAGGUUGUGUCACCUGCAUAUCUGAGGUUGUUGAUAUUUCUUCCGGCAAUCUUAAUUCCGGCUAGGGAUUCAUCCAGCCCAGCCUUUCGCAUGAUGAAUUCUGCAUAUAAGUUAAAUAAGCAGGGAGACAAUAUACAGCCUUGCCGUACUCCUUUCCCAAUUUUGAACCAAUCAGUUGUUCCAUAUCCAGUUCUAACUGUAGCUUCUUGUCCCACAUAGAGAUUUCUCAGGAGACAGAUGAGGUGAUCAGGUGUUAGUAGAAUCGUAGAAUUGUAGGGUUGGAAAGGGCCCAUAAGUGUCAUCUAGUCCAACCCUCUGCAAUGCAGGAAUCUUUUGCCCGUGGAACUUGAACUCAUGAACCCUGAGAUUAAGACUCUCAUGCUUUACCAACUGAGCUAUCCAGCUCAGUUUUCAUUGGUAGUAGUUAUAUUUGCAGGUGGUGUGGGAGAAAUGUCAUAGAGUAUCUGCUUUAUUCCCAGAGGGUCCCAGCUUCAAUUCUAGGCAGAACUCUGAAAGAGCCCUGUUGGAAAACUCUAGGAAGCCUCUCUGCCAGUCAUCGCUGGCUGCCGCACGAUAUCUGUUCUCAUCCUGACGCAAAGUUCUUAACCCGAGGUACUAUUUCUGGGUUAGCGGAGUCUGUAACCUGAAGCGUCUAUAACCCAAGGUACUGCUGUACCUCAGGUUAAGAACUUUGCUUCAGGAUGAGAACAGAAAUUGUGCAGCGGCGGGAGGCCCCAUUAGCUAAAGCGGUACCUCAGGUUAAGAACAGUUUCAGAUUCAUAGAAUCAUAGAGUUGGAAGAGACCACAAGGGCCAUCAAGUCCAACCCCCUGCCAAGCAGGAAACACCAUCAGAGCACUCCUGACAUAUGGUUGUCAAGCCUCUGCUUAAAGACCUCCAAAGAAGGAGACUCCACCACACUCCUUGGCAGCAAAUUCCACUGUCGAACAGCUCUUACUGUCAGGAAGUUCUUCCUAAUGUUUAGGUGGAAUCUUCUUUCUUGCAGUUUGGAUCCAUUGCUCUGUGUCCGCUUCUCUGGAGCAGCAGAAAACAACCUUUCUCCCUCCUCUAUGUGACAUCCUUUUAUAUAUUUGAACAUGGCUAUCAUAUCACCCCUUAACCUCCUCUUCUCCAGGCUAAACAUGCCCAGCUCCCUUAGCCGUUCCUCAUAAGGCAUGUAUAUAUAUAAGAACAGACCUCUGGAACGAAUUAAGUUCGUAACCAGAGGUACCACUGUAUGUGAUUUGAAUUAAACGGGCGGGGCCACAGAAUGCAACGCCUGUGUAAAUGGAGAGAAAAGGGACCCUAAUUCAGACCCACACCUAUUUCUGCUCUUCCUUCCCUUCCUGUAUAAAUUAAAACUUGCUCCCCCCCCCCCCCCUUAUUUUUCACUCCACCGCCACCCAGCUGACACUCCCCUCCCCGGACGCAGUGUUAGAAAUUAACCGGGUGCCAGCCACGUUUUGCGACUGGCGCGUGCCCAGUCGCAACCACGUGGGGAUCCCUGGAUGCCUCGUUGGCGACUGGAGAAAGCAAAAUGUCACUUAGAGAAGGAUCUGAAAUGUUUCCCCUGGAGCUUGCAUUUGUUUUAUUCUGGAUAGUUUGUUUCCACGUGCUGUAAACCGCUUUGUGAUUUGUUCAAAAUACGAAGCGAUAUGGAAAUAAAACGAACAGUAAUAAUAACAAUAAGUAUAAUUUGCAUUAAAAGCACCUAGGCAAUUUAUCGCGGCUACUGUAAGCUGGGUUUAAGGUGCCAUUUGGCAAAUAGAUUAUAUAUCUGAGUUUCUGGCGCUGUCCCCACCCCCAUUUCUACUCCUGCUGACUGUGUCUUCGGAGGAUUCUCCCCCUGGCCAGGUCAGUUUGGAAUUUAUUUUUAAAGUCAGGAAAAAACUGAGCCUGCCCUCUUGCCACCCUCCCUGAGGAGAUGUUCCAAAAUGCCUGGAGUUGAGAGAACUGCUCUUUGAGGCAGCAGGCAGGCGUUUUAAAACCAGGCCCAUCGGCAGUUUCAGAAAUAUCUCAGUUGCCUCUUAAACAAUUUAAUCUGGUUGGAUUUAAACAGACUUUGAGGCCAUCAAUACCUCAGUGUAGGGGGCACUUUUUUUGAGGGGAUGGAAGGGAUAAAUGAAAUCUUUUUUUUUUUUUAGAUGCAACCCUCAUCAGUGGAAAGAAAACCCAUCUUUAAUGGCGUCUUGCUUACUUUCUCUGUUAACGGCAGCACAUCGGAUGCAAAAUAUAGCCUCAGGCGAUAAAAGAACUCGCAGGGCCCCCCCCAAAUUAAAAAUAGCAUGGUUAAAAACUGGACCCCUCCCUCCGUGAGUCAUUUGUAACACCCUUUAACCAGCAUGUGACAAUGAAGCUGUAUAAAUCAAGAGUGUUUAUUCUCUCCCCUCCACCUUCACCCUCUUUGCGUGUGGGUGAUGCUGGGAUUCAAAUCAUGUUCACGGUAAUAACAGGAUUGGUGUUUGAUACAGGCUUUAGAAACAUGCCCUGGUUUGAUGUGCACAUCUCAAGGCCUCCCCCUGGUACACAGAUGUCCUUUCAUUCUCUUCCCCCGAAGUCUUUCCGCUGUCAAACCUGUGGCAUUAAUGUUAUCUAUUGCUCACCCUGAGGUCCCAGGGCCCAUUGCCAUGCAGGAACACAGUGUUAAAAACAAGUACAGUGGUGCCCCGCAAGACGAAUGCCUCGCAAGACGGAAAACCCGCUAGACGAAAGGGUUUUCCGUUUUUCGAUGCGCUUCGCAGGACGAAUUUCCCUAUGGGCUUGCUUCGCAAGACGAAAAUGUCUUGCGAGUCUUGAGAUUUUUUUUCGCUUUCCCCCCCCUUUUUCUAACCCGCUAAGCCGCUAAUAGCCUUUUAGCAGCUAAGUCGCUAAGCCUUUAAUAGCCGCUAAAACGCUAAUAGCGCUAAUCCACUAAGCCGCUAAUAGAGUUGCUUCGCAAGACGAAAAAACCGCUAGACGAAGAGACUCGCGGAACGGAUUAAUUUCGUCUUGCGAGGCACCACUGUAAACAACUCAAAAACCAUGAAAACCUGGUGGGUCCUCAAGUGCUGAAAACCAGGGUGAAGGGGUGAAUCUUCAGAAUUCUCUGAAAGCUGUAGGCUCACCUCUGUGCGGCGGGAGGCCCACAGCUUAGGGGCUGCUGCAGAGAAGGCUCUCCUCCCUGGCCCGCAACCCACCUGAGCUUUUGAGGGAGGGUGAACUACCAAGAGGGCCUGCUCUGCCAACCUCAGCACCCGAGAGGGUCUUCCGGGAAGUAGGAGGCCUUUUCAGGUGUUUGGGACCCGAGUCAUUUGUCAGCGCCUUGAAAAAAAUGGCGACCAGCACAGCUGUUUUAAAACGGGUUGUUUAAGAUCCGUGUACCUGAAGGAGCAUCGCCACCCCCAUGGUCCAGCCUGGACACUGAGGUCCAGCUCCAAGGGCCUUCUGGCGGUUCCCCCUCUGCGAAAAACGAGGUUACAGGGAACCAGGCAGAGGGCCUCCCCGGUGGUGGCACCUGCCCUAUGGAACGCCCUCCCAUCAGAUGUAAAGGAGAUGAAACAAAUUUCUGAAUUUUAGGAGACACCAUAUUUAUUUACCCACUUAGUCUGUAGAGCUGCCCCAUAGCAGAAGUGCUCUCGGAAGGCAGUGAGGUGUGCUAGUUAGAGUGUCAGUCGAGGAACUGGGAGAUCAGGGUUCGAAUCCCCGUUCCGUCACGAAGCUCGCUGAAUGACCUUUGAGUCGGUUGCAGCCUCUUAGCCUACCUCUCAGGGUCGUUGUAGGGAUUAACUGAGGAGGGGGGUGAACCGUGUUCUCCUUGCAGAAAAAGUUGGGAUAUCUAUGCAGCGAGAAAGCUCUUCCGCUGAGCUGCUUAAGAAAGCUGGAGGGACUGGCCAGAUGGAGAUGUCUGUCGCCAAACUUGGCAUCCAGAGAUCUCCACAUGGUUGCCAUCAGGCCUGCGCUCGUUGGAGAAAUGUGCCUGGCAGAUUUCGGGCACUGGACCUGAGCCUUGGCACCACCUGGUGAUGAUGGCAGUGGGAGAGCUGAGGAGCAGAGCUCACUCCAUCUGGAAAGGAAGUAAGGUAAAGGUAAAGGGACCCCUGACCAUUAGGUCCAGUUGUGGAGGACUCUGGGCUUGCAGCGCUCAUCUCGCUUUACUGGCUGAGGGAGCCGGCGUACAGAUUCCGGGUCAUGUGGCCAGCAGGACUAAGCCGCUUCUGGUGAACCAGAGCAGCGCACGGAAACGCCGUUUACCUUCCCGCCGGAGCGGUACCUAUUUAUCUACUUGCACUUUGAGGUGCUUUCGAACUGCUAGGUUGGCAGGAGCAGGGACCGAGCAACGGGAGCUCACCCCGUUGCAGGGAUUUGAACCACCGACCUUCUGAUCGGCAAGCCCUAGCCUCUGUGGUUUAACCCACAGCACCACCCGUGUCCCAUGGGAAGGAAGUAGCCUGCCUUAUUUUAAUAGAUGGUGUGUGUAAGCUGCUCUGGGAGCCUUUUUUUGGCUGGAGUAAGAUGCUGCAUUUAGAAAAAGAAAAGUCCAGAGUUUUCCCACUCUGCGGAAACACGGCACAAGGCUGCUUCAGCCACUAGGAUUAAUGGGCAGGGUUUGAUGCCUUGGUGGUGCGGCAAGAUUGUUUAAAGCAGUUGGCCCUAACAGAGUGAGCGCAGUGUGAGUAAAUUCUGCUCCAGGCAGGGAAGCAUCUUCAGCCCACACUGAUUCUGGCUCCCCGGGGUGGAGUUUGGAACGGGAGGGUGGAACUCUGAUCCUUUGCCGCGGUGGUACAGAGGGCUGGAACGCCAAGCACCGCCAGCCAGGAUGAGUAAUGAGAGCGUGAUUCAAGGCUGGCCUUACCCUGCGGCAGUGGAGAGCAGGAGCUGGUUUUGGAGCUUACUUAGGCAGAGAUAUAUUUAUAUGGUGAAAGAGAGAGAGAGAGAGGUCCAUCUAGCCAGUGUCAGGAAACUCAGAUAUAUAAGCUAAUCACCAAAUGGCGCUUUUAAUCUAGGUUACGGUGGCGCUGUGGGUUAAACCACAGAGCCUAGGACUUGCCGAUCAGACGGUCGGUGGUUCGAAUCCCCGCAAUGACGGGGUGAGCUCCCGUUGCUCAGUCCCUGCUCCUGCCAACCAAGCAGUUCGAAAGCACCUCAAAGUGCAAGUAGAUAAAUAGGUACCGCUCUGGUGGGAAGGUAAACGGCGUUUUCAUGCGCUGCUCUGGUUUGCCAGAAGCGGCUUAGUCCUGCUGGCCACAUGACCCGGAAGGUGAACGCCGGCUCCCUCGGCCAGUAAAGCGAGAUGAGCACCGCAACCCCAGAGUCGGCCACGACUGGACCUAAUGGUCAGGGGUCCCUUUACCCUUUACCUUUACAGUCGCCACAAUGGAACGUCUAGGUGCCAUUUUUUCCUCGACUGAAUUUGUUGUUGCUGUUGUUGUUUGUUCCAUUUCUAUAUCGCUUCAUAUUUUAAAGAGAAACCUCAAAGCGGUUUACAGCACAUUGGAACACCCAUUGAAAGAAUCCAGCUUCAAGGAAAACGUUUCACAGCCAUUUUGCUUUCCCCAUAUUUGUUCACCGGCUUAAUUUAUGGAGCUGACCCAUAGCAGGGCUCUACGUAGCCAGUGGGGCUGUAGGGUUGAGGCACACAAAAAGCCACCUUUGUCUCCUUCUCUCUCUGGUUCUCCAUAGGAUGCCUAGGCGGUCGUUUCAGGACACGUUUCGAAGGCAUGGCUCGCUAGGUUCUCCAUGCCUUUAAGUUGUCUAGACUUGAGCUGCCAGAGCGCUUGUGGGUCCUUAUUAAUGUCUCCUUUCUGCAUUUUGGGUUGGGUGUUGAGCUGAUUAGACCAGACAUUCAGCCUUCCGCUUGGGGUGUGUGUGUGUGUGUGUGUGUGUGUGUGUGUGUGUGUGGACUGCAGCUGCCUGCGUUUCCUUGCUCCUGUUUUCUUCCCUUUCCGGAUGACACAUAAAUGCCUUCGCAGCGUGACUUCUUAGCAGAGUUCUCGUGGUGUGAGUUCUUACCUCUGACCAGAGUUUGGCCCCGUCGCCAGGCACUGAAGUGCGUCGCUUUUACUUACGUGAUUUUUGCAUUGGGGUGUGUGGCAUUUUGAUACUCUCCCUUGUCGGUUCCCAGACAAGGUUAAACAAAAUAAAUAAAUAAGCAGAUGAGGCAAAACGGGCCCAUCUCGAGGCCAGCAUCCUGAUCUCACAGUGGCCAGAGAGAUGUCCGUUAAAGAGCUAUGAUAGCUAUCUUGAAAUAUCUAAAGGGCUGUCGCAUGGAAGAUGGAGCAAGCUUAUUUUCUCCUGCUUCAGAGGCUAGGACUUGGAGCCAGUGGCUUCAAGUUACAAGUAAGGAGAUUCCGACUUAACAUCAGGGAGAAGAUGCGAGGCCUUUUCUCUUCUUCCUCCCCCAGUUAGUACUCAACUAAGUUAGUCUCCGUUGCUCUGUCCCAGCACCUGCCAACCUAGCAGUUUGAAAGCACACCAGUGCAAGUAGAUAAAUAGGUACUGCUCCGGCAGGAAGGUAAACGGCGUUUCCGUGCGCUGCUCUGGUUCACCAGAAGCGGCUUAGUCCUGCUGGCCACAUGACCCAGAAGCUGUACGCCGGCUCCCUCGGCCAAUAAAGCGAGAUGAGCGCCGCAACCCCAGAGUCGGCCACGACUGGACCUAAUGGUCAGGGGUCCCUUUACCAGUAGCUCCACCGCUCGGCAGUAGAAGCGCUAUAGAUAAUGAUGGUUUCAGGUUAGAGAAGGUGGGCUGAGUACCUUUUAUCCCACGCUUGGAGGAAAUGUAGCAUUUAAACGUCAUAAUAAUCAUCAUGGAAGGGGGGAGGCAGGUUCAUACAAGCCACCCUUUGGCAACCACUAGCCUUCCAGCUUUGUGCGCACUUGGGAUGCAGGGAAUUGUGGCCCCUAACAUCUGGAGGAUGCCCGGAUAGUGACAGGCAAGGUGCUUCUUGGUGCAGUCUUGGGAGACGUGAGCAGCACUCGAUAAGCAAGGCUAGGUUGCAAUGCCCUGGCUUCCCUGGCUCCACAGCUUCACCCUCACGCCACCGGAGUUAAAUGAGUUGUUGUUACUGGCAUUUAUUUAUUUAUUUUUGCAACAGGCCAUCUGUCAGCUGGCUUAAGAGAUAAGUGCCCCCUUAAUACCCCUGGCAAGCCGCCAGCGAGAGGCGUUCCUUUCGGCCUGUGUCACAAAUCGGAUUUUUGCCGUUGCGCAUUUGAGACACAAUAGCCCGGCGUGUUCGUGUGUGAGGUUCCUUCGUUUGGUCUCGUCCUCCCAGUCCCGCCUCCCAUCUUUAUAUAUUUUUUAAUUAUGCUUAUCUAUGGGUUUUCUCUACCCCCCCCCCACCUGGACUCCGUUCAUCCCUGGGGACUUUUUAUUAGGUACUUAAAUGCGGCAAGGCAAAGCCGAUUGUGGUCAUUAUUGCAAAACUGAAGCUAAUCUCCAGUGCUGGAAUUUUUACAGUUGGCAGAGAAGGGAUUAGCCAGCCCAGUUUCCCUAGAAGCAGUGCUCUCUGCAGUGUGGUUGUUUGUAUGUGUUAAAAGGCUUCGGUUUACAUCCCCACCCGCAUCAUAAUGGGUAGUUUUGGGGGUUGUGUAGCUGGGCUUUGGUUUGAGGCCAGAAAAAAACAACACAGAAUGUGCCAAAUCCAGCUCCCAGGAUACCUGUCCCUUUGCUGUUUAGUCUUUUAGUUGUGUCCGCCUCUUCGUGACCCCCUGGACCAGAGCACGCCAGGCCCUCCUGUCUUCCACUGCCUCCCACAGCUUGGUCAGACUCACGUUCGUAGCUUCGAGAACACUGUCCCACCAUCUCGUCUUCCGUCGUCCCCUUCUCCUUGCGCCCUCCAUCUUUCCCAACAUCAGGGUCUUUUCCAGGGAGCCUUCUCUUCUCAUGAGGUGGCCAAAGUCUUGGAGCCUCAGCUUCAGGAUCUGUCCUUCCAGUGAGCACUCAGGGCUGGUUUCCUUCAGAAUGGAGAGGUUUGAUCUUCUUGCAGUCCCUGGGACUCUCAAGAGUCUCCUCCAGCACCGGAAUUCAGAAGCAUCCAUCCUUCAUGGAUCACUGCCUUGCCGUGGCGAAGGGGCUUGAAUAACUCAGAGAAGCUAUGAAAUAUGCCAAGCAGGGCACCUGUUCCUACUCUGCUAUAAAAACAAACAAAAAAAAUACCCCUAAAAAUCAAGUUCCCAGUCCCUGUGAUGAAGAUAGACUUCAGGACUUUGAAAGUCCAUGGGAUGGUUGAAUAAGCUUUUCAUUGACUUGAGUGCAUGUCUAGGCUACCUCCCAGACUGUUAAAAGUUGGUGGAGGGGAGGGAGGUUAAAGAAUAAUAAUUUGCUCUUCAGCAUCGCAUUUGCACCUGCAAUUCGGUUUGCCGGACAGAACAAACCUUCCUCCCAGCAAAUCAGUUUUGGAGGGCGAAGGGUGCAGUGGAAAGACCCACUGUGUGAGCCGAAAUCUUUUCGCAGGGCUUAUUCAUUAGAUGAAUCCAGCCAUUGAGUAGUCUGCCAAAUCUGCUCCGAGGGACUAGACGUGGAUGGGGUCUCAGCGCUUUGGAUGGUUUGUGUCUCACACGGCCACACAUUUCACCAUACUGUACUGAGGUGGGGAUCGUGGGUUUAAGCUGGAACCUUUGUCCUUGACGGACCAGUUUUAAGAACACCGGAAGAGCCCUGCAGCAGCUGAAUGAGGCCAAAGGGGGUCCUAUCUAGCCCAGAACCCUGUCCCUACAGGAUGGCCCCUGUGGAAAGCCCACGGGCAGGAGCUGAGAGCCACAGCAACUCUCUACUCCGCCCCCCGUGAUUCCCAACAUUUGAUAUUCAGAGGCAGACUUCCUCCGAAAGAACAUAGCCAUUACUUCUCUGGAGGGAUUUUCUGUCAGGAGUGCAUGCAGGAGCCAGGCUUUGUGACCAGUAGGACUUCGCAGGACUGGGGCCUUCCUAAGUUUAUUCUGAAGAGGCAAGGCACGGCCGGACAGGUGAGGCCAAUUGGUAACUCACAGCACCUGGUGGCAAGAGCCGGGAAGGGAUGUAAGGUCAGCAUUUCCCUUCGGUUCUUUGCCACAGCAACUCAUCUCCUGCCUUGCUGCAUUUGGCUUCUUGCUUCCUGAUCCUCGGAUCUCAGUUCCUUGACUCCUUGCUUCUCGACCCUCGGACCCCUGCCUUCGUGACUCCUUGAUCCUCGGACCCCUGGCUUCGUGACUCCUUGCUUCUUGAUCCUCGGACCCCUGGCUUCGUGACUCCUUGCUUCUUGUUCCUUGGACCCUUGACUUUGUGACUCCUUGCUUCCUGACCCUCGGACCCUUGGCUUCUUGACUCCCGGCUCUCUGACCCUCGGACUCUUGGCUUCCUGACUCCUGGCUUCUGGACUCCAGUUCCUGCUCCCACCCCACCAUCUUGCCCCCGGUCCCGACGUCCUCAGCCAGGACUUCAAUCGCCCGUAGACCGGACCGUGACGUUUCCUGCCCCAAUUUGGCACUGUGAGGUCCCCACCUGGUAUAUAAGCUGCCUCGGAUUGCCUCGAUGUGGACUAGCCUCCUGAGCAAUGCAUAUAAGGCAUUCUUUUUGCGUUUGCUUGGACGUCAAUCCCACUGCAUUGAAUAGGGACUUGUUCCUCUGUGUGUUCAGCAUCACAGCAAGUCAAGGAGAGCGGAAGGGAAACGUCAAUCGGUUUGAUUUGGAGGAAGGGGGGUGGUAUUUUUGGCAAUGGGGUUGAAGGCCUUCUGCCAGGGUUAGGUGGGUCCCUCUCCCCACCACGCUGAGCUCUGCAGCAGGUACCUGUUGAGGUUCUGAGACAUUCCUGCUUAUCUUGACUCUCUCCUUCUCUCCUCAGGGCCGGCGGUGAGCAAGGCUGUCCUAACAGAGGUGAGUUCAAGUGCUUUCCUUCUGUCCUGACCUUUUCCUGAGACUCAGGAUAAGCAACAGGGGUCCCACUCGGUGUCCCAUCAUCAUCCGAACCACAGCAGGUGGUUCCAAGAAAGAAUCAGGGUACUGGAGGGUGGCUUCUUGUUCUCUCCAUAUAGUUUUUGGGAGAGUGAUUUGUGGCCUGAGCUCAGCUAAGUGGCUAACAGUCCCAGAGGCUUCGCUCCCGGAUCUGCAGAAGAAGGCGUUGUUUUAAAAAAUUACUACUUAUUAGAAUUAUAUACUGCCCUUCAUCAAAAUAUCUCAGGGCGGCUCGCAAGAUAAAAACACGAGAUAGAAUCGGACAACAACAAACCCUCGAUUUCUUUAGGAAAGGUUCACAAGGUCACUGGAAGGAGAUUUGAAUCCUUCGAUUGCUUCAGCGGCCCCUGUUGGUUUUUACUGAACCUUCGGGAUCUUGUAGUCCUUAACGGUGCUGAUAAUAGGAUGGUUUUUCAAUGAUCCUUCACUGCUUUGAGGGCCCUGGGGGCAAAGAAAGCAAGGAUAAUAAUACAUUUUUAUUUAUACCCCGCCCUUCCCAGUUCAGAAAACCGGGCUCAGGGCAGCUGACAACAAAGUUUAAAACACUUAAUUGAUGCUGGAAAACCCCAGCUUAAAAUAUGGUAUAAAAUGUGAAUAACAAUAAAAUAAAAAAUCAAUUAUAGGGGGGAAAUCCAUCCAAUAAACAUUAGAUGAUCACCAGGGCUAGCUGGCUAAAUUAGUCCUAUUUGGGCCAGCGAGGAGACCAGGGGAGAAUUAGCUGUGGGAUCCCAGAGCGGGUAAUCUUCAUAAAAAGGGGAGGGGGAGGGAAGGAAGGAAGGAAGGGGAAUAAAAGAUCAGGCUAAGUUCAGAUUGAAAGCCAGGCAGAAUAGUUCUGUUUUACAGGCCCUGCGGAAGGAAGUUAAAUCCUGCAGGGCCCUAGUCUCAUGGGACAGAGCAUUCCACCAGGUUGGAGCCAUCACUGAGAAGGCCCUGGCCCUGGUGGAGGAUAAUCUAACUUCCUUAGCGCCUGGGACCUCUAAACUAUGAUUAUUCAUGGACCUUAAGGUCCUCUGCGGGGCAGACCAGGAGAGACAGUCCCGUAGAUACGAUGUGAAAGCUUGGAAAGAACAGUUAAGAGAAAACCCAGAAGGGGAUGGUCUAGUUCUCCCAUUUCUGGAGGAAACAUAGAAGUACAGGCUUGUAGAGUUGGGAAGGGCCCCCCCCAGGGCUCAUCUAGUCCAGCCCCCUGCAGUGCAGGAAUCUUUUGCCCAAGGUGAGGCUUGAGCCCACAACUCUGAGAUCCUCUUGCUCUAUCAACUGAGCUAUCUCCGCUGCUGAGGAGUUUGGUUGGCGUCCCGGGAGCUGCCUGCUCUUCCUACACGCCCUGGGGCAGCUUCCCCCCCACCUUGGCGAUGUUUUGGCUGACCUCGAAAUCCCUCCUGCCUCAGGCACCUUCGUUGACGGGGCAGCCGGGGGCCGGACAGGGCAAGAAGAUUGGCCACCGCGGGGUCGAUGCAUCCGGCGAGACGACCUACAAGAAGGUAUCCUUACUGUUUCUUUAUAUGUCUCCUGCCCUUCUCCUAAGGUCACCAGGGUGGGUUACAGUGUUAAAACACGGUAUUUAAAGCUGCAUUUCCCAAACUUGGGGUCCCCAGCUUGUUGUUGGACUACAACUCCCAUCAUCCCUAGCGGGUGGUUGGGGAUGGUGGGAGUUGUAGUCCAGCCGGGGACCCAAGUCUGACAAACGCUGGUUUAAAACAACAAUUGUGAAAAUAAGGUGGGUCCUAAAAUAUAUACAGUGGUACCUCGGGUUAAGUACUUAAUUUGUGCCGGAGGUCCGUACUUAACCUGAAACUGUUCUUAACCUGAAGCACCACUUUAGCCAAUGGGGCCUCCUGCUGCUGCCGCGCCGCCGGAGCACGAUUUCUGUUCUUAUCCUGAAGCAAAGUUCUUAACCUGAAGCACUAUUUCUGGGUUAGCGGAGUCUGAACCUGAAGCGUAUGUAACCCGAGGUACCACUGUAUUCACCUCAAGAGGUGUCUUCAGCAAUCUCCAGAAGCAGUAUAAUGAAGGUGCCAGAGACAGCUCUGCGAGAAGGCGGUUCCACAACUUAGGGGCCGCCACGGAGAAGGCCCCGCUCUCGGGCCACCACAUACUCACACCCUGAGCCUCUUGAGGGCCAAGGAAUUACCAGAACGCCCCCCUCUUUUCGAUCUCAGCACCUGAGGGGCCUGUAGAGAAGGAGGCGAUCUUUCAGGUAUUUGGGACCUGAGCACGAGCACCUUGAACCGGGCCCAAAAAUGAACUGUCAGCCAGUUCAGCUUUGUUUUGAAACGAGAUCUCACCCCAGCCAGUAAUUUAGCAGCUACAUUUUGGACCAGCUGAAGUUUCAGCCGUCUCCCAAGCGCAGCCCCACGUACAGCAUGUUAGCAGAGCGCCGGGUACGGCGGUGGGUUCUCCUGGCAGAUAGAUGGAGGGGUGAGCCAGAAACAGAUGCCCCCACCCCCCGCUUGGGGAGAUCAUGCCAUAACCCCACCUGCUCUUGUAGCCUUAUUGGAGUUCACCGAUUGGGUCUGCGUUGCUCCGGGACAGGAGGAAGGAAGUCAAAUGACACCGAGGUUGAUUCCAAGAAAGAGUUUAUUCUGCUCUCCGGAUAGCAGAAGGCGCUUGCGUGAUCAAGUCCACAGCAAGUCCAAAGAGAUGACAAGUUUCAUGCAGUAUAUAUAUCCUCCAGGCACCCUCUCCCUCCUUCCCAUAUAAAUCCAUCCCCGUCAGCCUAUGUAUGCAGGUUGACAUCACAUAUGUUCUUGCUCCAGUAUUCUUAACCAUAAAAGGGAAUUCCUUCCUGUACGUCUGACCGUAAAAGGAUCUUCCUCUUCCUACUCUUAUCUUGGAGGAAGAGGUGUCAUCUCCGAGAACACACUUUUGGCCUUGUUCCGGACUUCGGUCUGUGCGUCUUUUGUGGUCAGGACAUAAGAUAAGGCACGGACGUGUCUUCUCUGUUCUACUGGUACAGUGAAGGCCAUCCUUGCCGUCACAAACUGAUAAAGGAGAGGGCUCUGAGCACAGCCGGGUUUCUGUUUAUACAUUGACUCAGAGCUCAAGUUAAUGGAUUUUAGCUAAGGAAAAAUAGGGAUUUUCAUGCCGUUUCAAACUGCCUGCACAGUCAAUUUUGGGUUUGGGGAACCCAUUCCUUCACUCUGUCCCUGUCUGUCCUCAGACCACGUCCACCACGCUCAAGGGAGCCAUUCAACUUGGGAUCGGCUACACGGUGGGCAACCUGAGCUCCAAACCCGAGCGGGAUGUCUUAAUGCAAGAUUUCUACGUGGUGGAGAGCAUUUUCUUCCCCAGGUAAGUUGGCUGCUGGAGGCGGCAGGGUGGAGCCCAAUUUGAACAGCAGCUCUUGGCCACAAACAUGACGGGAGGGAUGGCUAGAGGGGUGUAGCUGUGAGAGCAAGCCAUGGACCUUAUUCUCUCCUAGUCAGCUUCCUGGGGGCUGUGUGUCAGUAGUGGCCGAGGCGGGGGCAGCAAGCUACGUUCCCCAUUCCCACCCCGCAUGCAGUAAUAAUAAUAAUAAUUUAUUAUUUCUACCCCGCCCAUCUGGCUGGGUUUCCCCAGCCACUCUGGGCGGCUUCCAACAAAACACUGAAAUACAGUGGUGCCCCGCAAGACGAAUGCCUCGCAAGACGGAAAACCCGCUAGACGAAAGGGUUUUCCGUUUUGGAGGUGCUUCGCAAAACGAAUUUCCUAUGUGCUUGCUUCGCAAGACGAAAAUGUCUUGCGAGUUCCUGCGGGGUUUUGUCCGUGCCCCCCCCCGGUGUCCCAAGCCGCGGAGCCGCUUAUCAGCUGAGGGCUAAGCCGCGGAACAGCUGAUCGCUCCGCCGCUUAUCAGCUGAUCUUUAAGCCGCUUAACAGCUGAUCGCUAAGCCGCUUAUCAGCUGAUCCGCUAAGCCCGCUAAGCCGCUAAUACUGUAGCGCUAAUCUGCUAAACCGCUAAUGGGCUUGCUUCGCAAGACGAAACAACCCGCAAGACGAAGAGACUCGUGGAACGGAUUCUUUUCGUCUUGCGAGGCACCACUGUACAAUAACCUAUUAAACAUUAAAAGCUUACCUUUAUGGUAACUUUAACCCAGGUUUCAGGAGCCAUUUGGCCAUUAGCUUAUAAAUCUGAGUUUCUAACACUGAUAUUGAGGGCUGGGCAGAAAGGGUUAGAGGGCUUCCUCUGGGGGGUCAUUAGGUUUCAAGGACAGACCUGUUUUAAGGGCAGGUCUGUUUCUGCCACCUCGAGCCUCCUAGAGGAAAGAUGGAGACAAACACUAGCCAGCUCUGCUGCACUGUAACAAGAGCUCUGUGGGUGGAGAAGAGAGGGUUUGAGCUGUUCUCUGUGUCUUCUUCUUCCUCUCGUGCCACAGCGAAGGCAGCAACCUCACCCCAGCGCACCACUACCCCGACUUCAGGUUCAAGACGUACGCGCCCGUCGCUUUCCGCUACUUCCGAGAGCUGUUCGGCAUCCGCCCGGAUGACUACUUGGUGAGGACUGCUCCUUUCCCCUCUUCCAAAGGGCAAAAAUACCGUAUUUUUUGCUCUAUAAGACUCACUUUCCCCCUCCUAAAAAGUAAGGGGAAAUGUGUGUGCGUCUUAUGGAGCGAAUGCAGGCUGCACAGCUAUCCCAGAAGCCAGAACAGCAAGAGGGAUUGCUGCUUUCACUGCACAGCGAUCCCUCUUGCUGUUCUGGCUUCUGAGACUCAGAAUAUUUUUUUUCUUGUUUUCCUCCUCCAAAAACUAGGUGCGUCUUGUGGUCUGGUGCGUCUUAUAGAGCGAAAAAUACGGUACCCCAGGCUUGGGCAUCUUCGCGGUGGGUCUCAGAGGCCCCUCGAUUUUGCCCGCCUCUUAGUUGCCAUUAACGCCUGCCGCAUCCUUGAACGCCUUUUGCCUUCUCUCGCUUUCCUUCCCGCCCAGUAUUCCCUGUGCAACGAGCCCCUGAUCGAGCUGUCCAACCCCGGGGCCAGCGGCUCCCUCUUCUACGUCACCAGCGACGACGAGUUCAUCAUCAAGACCGUCAUGCACAAGGAGGCGGAAUUCCUCCAGAAGCUGCUUCCUGGCUACUACAUGGUACGUCGCAGCGGAAGACGCUCUCGGGGUCCUUUGUUGCAGCGGGAAUCCGCAGAGAUGUAGAGACUCGCCAGGGUGGAUAAAAAUCAAUGAUUUUAAUAAUAAUUAUAAUAAUCCCCGGGAUGCAGGUGGCACUUUGGGUUAAACCACAGAGCCUAGGACUUGCUGAUCAGAAGGUCGGCGGUUCGAAUCCCCAGGACGGGGUGAGCUCCCGUUGCUCGGUCCCUGCUCCUGCCAACCUAGCAGUUCGAAAGCACCUCAAAGUGCAAGUAGAUAAAUAGGUACCGCUCCGGCGGGAGGGUAAACGACGUUUCCGUGCACUGCUCUGGUUCGCCAGAAGCGGCUUAGUCCUGCUGGCCACAUGACCCGGAAGCUGUACGCCGGCUCCCUCGGCCAAUAAAGCGAGAUGAGCGCUACAACCCCAGAGUCAGCCACGACUGGACCUAAUGGUAAGGGGUCCCUUUACCUUUUUAUAAUAAUCCCCACGCUGGGCAAAAAGAUCCCUCCAUUGGAGGGAUUCGAACUCUGUGCCCCUCUCUGCUCCCUUCCAACUCUUAGUGUUCUAUGACUGGCAGCAAACAGCCCUCCAGGGUUUCAGGCAGGUUCUCUCCUCCCAGCAGGGAUUAAACUCUGGUCCCUCUGCAUGCAAAGUCUUGCCCCGACCCCCUGAGAAGGCUCAGGACAGUUUCUGUACUAUAAUAAUAAUAGUAAUUUUUAUUUAUACCCUGCCCUCCCCAGCCAAGGCCGGGCUCAGGGCGGCUAACAAGCAAUAAUAAAAACAAGUUGAAUGAAUACAACUUAAAAACAAGAUUAAAAUACAACAUUAAAAUAUUGAAACGUUAAAAUAUUAACAUGCAGCCUCAUCACAGGAGAAAGGAAAAAGAAAGAGGGGGAGGGAAUCAAAUGGGCUCCAAGCCAAAGGCCAGGCGGAACAACUCUGUCUUACAGGCCCUGCGGAAAGAGAUCAGAUCCUGCAGAGCCCUGGUCUCAUGAGGCAGAGCGUUCCACCAGGCCGGGGCCAGUGUUGAAAAGGCCCUGGCUCUGGUUGAAGCUAAUCUAACUUCCUUAGGGCCCGGGACCACUAGGGUGUUGCUAUUUAUGGACCUUGAAGCUCUCCGUGGGCAUACCGGGAGAGGCGGUCCCGUAGGUACGAGGGUCCUAGGCCGUGAAGGGCUUUAAAGGUCAAAACCUUUACUGCUGUGUCAGGGACCGUGCUGAGGAAGGCUGCACUGAGGAAGAAUGGUGGGAGCCACCCCCCUACUCCUGAUCCUGAAUCUUCCCAGGAGCAGGACAGCAGUAUAGAUUUGGAAGAGUGGUUUGCAGAGGGGCAUAGUUCAGAAGGCAGAAGCUGGGAAAUACUGGACGGGGAACAGCUAGCAGAAGAAGCACUAGCAGAGAGAGAGGGUUAAGAGAUUCACAGUCUCUGGAGAGUAUCCACCCCACCGCCCGCAAAGUCCCGAAGAGCUCAGAAAGUGUCAGAACAGAAAACACAGAGGCUCCAAGCUCAGAUUACAAGACAUAAGAGUAACGUAGAUUAAUAGGGACGGAGGGGGAGCGAGUGAGCCUUAAUUGGGAGCACCGCCAUUCUGGUUAGAUGCUUUCUUUUGUCCUUCGCUGUGUUUCUUAAAGAAACUAACUGGUGAGAAUUCUCUUCUGUUUGAUCUGCUCAUUUGCGGCCACGGGGGUGGAAGGCCGAUUCCCCAAAGCGUGACAUGCUGUGUCCUUCUCAUUUUUGAAUUACUGUUGUUAUUAUUUUAAAAACCUCCUCUAGAACUUGAGAAGGGACGCGGGUGGCGCUGUGGGUUAAACCACAGAGCCUAGGGCUUGCCGAUCAGAAGGUCGGCGGUUCGAAUCCCCGCAAUGACAGGGUGAGCUCCCGUUGCUCGGUCCCUGCUCCUGCCAACCUAGCAGUUCGAAAGCACGUCAAAGUGCAAGUAGAUCAAUAGGUACCGCUCCGGCGGGAAGGUAAACGGCGUUUCCAUGCGCUGCUCUGGUUUGCCAGAAGCAGCUUCGUCAUGCUGGCCACAUGACCCGGAAGCUGUACGCCAGCUCCCUUGGCCAGGAAAGCGAGAUGAGCGCCGCAACCCCAGAGUCGGCCACGACUGGACCUAAUGGUCAGGGGUCCCUUUACCUUUUAGAACUUGAACCAGAAUCCCCGGACGCUGCUGCCCAAAUUCUACGGCCUCUACUGCGUCCAGUCCGGGGGCAAGAACAUCCGGGUGGUGGUGAUGAACAACAUCUUGCCCCGUGUGGUGAAGAUGCACCUGAAGUACGACCUGAAGGGCUCGACGUACAAGCGCCGGGCCUCCAAGAAGGAGAAGGAGAAGUCCAGCCCCACCUACAAGGACCUGGACUUCAUGCAGGACAUGCCCGACGGGAUCAUGCUGGACACGGACACCUUCAGCGCUGUGGUCAAGACACUGCAGAGGGACUGCUUGGUAGGUUGUGCAGGGGACGCAAGUGGCGCUGUGGUCUAAACCACGGAGCCUCUUGGGCUUGCUGAUCGGAAGGUCGGCGGUUCGAAUCCCUGCGAUAGAGUGAGCUCCUGUUGCUCUGUCCCAGCUCCUUCUACCCUAGCAGUUUGAAAGCACACCAGCACAAGCAGAUAAAUAGGCACCACUGUGGCAGGAAGGUAGACAGCGUUUCCAUGUGCUCUUGUUUCUGUCAUGCGCCAGAAGCGGUUUAGUCCUGCUGGCCACAUUACCCGGAAAGCUGUCUGCGGACAAACGCCGGCUUCUUCGGCUGAAAGCGAGAUGAGCACUGCAACCCCACAGUUGCCUUUGGCUGGACUUAACCGUCCAGGGGUGCUUUACCUUACCUUUAUAUAUAAUUUUAUAUAUGUUGGAAGCCACACAGAGAUGAGUGCCGCAACCCCAUAGUCACCUUUGACCGGACUUAACCGUCCAGGGGUCCUUUAGCUUUACCUUGCACGGAAGCCAGUCAGAUCAGGCUAGUAGAACCUCAGACCAGGAGCCGAUGAUGGCCCUCAGGACCUAUCAUGCCCUUUUCUGGCUUUGCUCUGUACCCUUUUCAAGGGCAUUUGCCGCACUGGCAAUGUGGGUGGGGGGGCCUUAUUUGUUUCAUUUUGCGGUAUUUCCAGCCCUCUCUUCCUUGGGUUUGCAGUAAAAAAGCGCAGAGAGAAAUGGAAAUAUUAUUCAUUUUAUUAAUCCAUAGAUCUCAGGCUAGCUCGCAACGAGAAAACACAACAUAUUCUGUGGUACCUUGGAUGUCAAACUUAAUCCGUUCCGGGAGUCUGUUCGGCUCCUGGAAUGGUUUGAAAACGAAGACGCAGCUUCAGUAGCUUCCUUUACUCAGUCGGAAGCCGCGUAGGAUGUUCGGCUUCCCAAAAGCGUUUGCAAACCGGAGCACUCACUUCCGGGUUUGCAGCAUUCGUGAGCCAAAACAUCCGAGUACAGUACCAAGGUGUUUGACAACCAAGGUGUGACCGUACACCAGGCAUGGCCAAACUCGGCCCUCCGUAUGUUUUGGGACUACAACUCCCAUCAUCCCUAGCUAACAGGGCCAGUGGUCAGGGAUGAUGGGAAUUGUAGUCCCAAAACAUCUGGAGGGCCAAGUUUGGCCAUGCCUGCUGUACACAAUAAAAACAAGUGCAACCCUCCCCCCCCCCCCGAACCAAUGAACCCUUCAUCCCAUCCUGCAAACACAAUUAAAAGAGGUAUAAGUUGUUAAUCACCCCAAGGCCUGGUUGAAAAGGAAGGCGUAUAAUGAACCUGCCAGGCGAUUCUACUUGGGGAGAGCAUUCCACAGACGGGGCGCCCCCACAGAAAAGACCCAUCGCAACCUUCCAGACUUCUCCUGGAAGAGGCAUGCAAAAAAGAGCCUCAGAUUAUCUCAGGAGUCCAGGUAGGCCUCAACAGAGAGGCCCUCACCUUGGCUUAUGAGCAGUGCGCAAGCAGGCGAAGACUCCUCUCUGCGUGGUGUCUCCUUCUGCCUCCUCCCACUUCAAUCCUCGCCUGGCCCUGGGAGACUGUGGAGCUGGAGGGGUUGGGGGCGACUGUUCUUCCCUCUGCAAUCUUGCAGCUUCUCCUGCCUCUGCCUCUCGUCUCCCGGCUGCUGCAGGGUCCCCCAGACCGCUGGUCCCUUCUUCCACGUCAGUCCAUAGCUGUCAACUGUCCCUUGUUCAACGGGAAAGUCCCUUAUCCCAGCGCUGUGUCCCACUUCUGUCCUGGAUUGAUGAUGUCCCUUAAAUUUCCCUGGUUUCAAAGGAAGCAGCUCCUCUCCCUCUCUCCCUGCCGGCCAGGGAGGAGGGAGGCUCCAACUGUGUUGCUUGGCUGCGUUGCUCACCCAAUAAGGAGUCUAAGAACGACUGGGGGGGUGGAGCUUGCAUGCCUUGUGCCGAUCAAAUCGGCCGCAUUGCCUGGGGACUCGCCUUUGCUCAGCGCUUCCCAGCGGAGAGGUGACGGUGGUUUUCCUUGCUGCGUCCCCUUUGCUGGGUUGCUGCGCUGUGGGAACCACCGCUUGAGGCUUCGUUUGGCUGCUGGCUGGGCUUUCUGCCUUUGGCUCGGAGGGGCUCAGAAGUUGAACAUACCUGUGCUUGGAAAAUCCCUUAUUGUGGCUGCUGGUCCCUUAUUUUCGAGGCUGCUGGUCCCUUAUUUUCAAAUCUGUAAGUUGACAGCUAUGCGUCAGUCUCCUGGUGCCAACUCAUCGCAAUCCAGCCCCUACUCAGCGUCCCGCCAGUUCCCGGUCUUGUAGGCUUAACUUGUGAAGCCAACCCAGGGCUAUUGGUCAAGCCACCCUCUCCUCCCCAGGUGCUUGAAAGCUUCAAGAUCAUGGACUACAGCUUGCUCCUGGGGGUGCACAACAUGGACCAGCAAGAGCGGGAGCGGCAGGCGGACGGGGCCCAGAGCACCUCCGACGAGAAGCGGCCAAUGGGGCAGAAGGCCCUGUACUCCACCGCGAUGGAGUCCAUCCAGGGCGGGGCCGCCCGCGGGGAGUCUAUCGAUACGGACGACACGUAAGUGGAGCAGGUUGGGGGGGUCUGCCUUUGCCCCUCUUCCCUGCAGUGGCUGUCAGAGAAGCUGAAAGAGCUGCCCACCAACACUUCGGCUUGUGCUUGGAAAUGUACUGGGAGCCAAUGUAGGUCUUUAAAGACCGGUGUUAUGUGGUCUCGGCGGCCGCCCCCCGUCACCAGUCUAGCUGCCGCAUUCUGGAUUAGUUGCAGUUUCCAGGUCACCUUCAAAGGGAGCCCCACCUAGAGCGCAUGGCAGUAGUCCAAGUGGGAGAUAAUCAGAGCAUGCACCACUCUGGCGAGACAGUCUGCGGGCAGGGAUGGUCUCAUCCUGAGUACCAGAUGGAGCUGCCCUGGACACAGAACUGACCUGCGCCUCCAUGGACAGUUGUGGGUCCAGAAUGACUCCCAGGCUGCACACCUGAUCCUUCAGGGGCACAGUGACCCCAUUCAGGACCAGGGAAUCCCCCACACCUGCCUGCCUCCUGUCCCCCCAAAACAGUCCUUCUGUGUUGUCAGGAUUCAACCUCAAUCUGUUAGCCGCCAUCCAUCCUCCAACCGCCUCCAGACACUCACACAAGACAUCUACUGUCUUUGCUGGUUCUGAUUUAAAGGAGAGGUAGAGCUGGGUAUCAUCCACCUAUUAGAGAACCCCCAGCCCAAACCCCCUGAUGAUCUUCAUUAUACACGAACGAAGCAUUGAGCGUGUUUCUGGUUGCAGCCAGUGGAUAUUGACAGGUCUGGUCUCUCUUUCCUCCCUCUCAGAAUGGGUGGCAUUCCAGCCGUGAAUGGCAAAGGCGAGCGCCUUCUCCUCCACGUGGGAAUCAUUGAUAUCCUCCAGUCCUACAGGUAGGUGUUCCCUCCAUGUCUCCUCCGUUUGUGGGCCAUGAAAAUACCGUAUUUUUCGCUCUAUAAGACGCACCAGGCCACAAGACGCAACUACCGUAUUUUUUGCCCCAUAGGGCGCCCCUAGUUUUUUUUGGGGGGGGAAAUAAAGAAAACCCCCCCCCAGGCGUGGGACUGGGGUGGGGGAAGCCCGAGAACAGCCCCCAGAACAGGCUGCUGUCGCGCCGGUCUCCCCUGGCUUGCCCCAGGCUUCGGGAUGCAGGCAGCUCUCCGCAUGCCGUGGGAGCCCGGCGCGACUUCCCGCGGGCUCCCACGGCUUGCGGAGAGCUUCCUGAAGCCUGGAGAGCGAGAGGAGUCGGUGUGCACCGACCCCUCUCGCUCUCCAGGCUUCGGCGAAAGCCUGCAUUCGCCCCAUAGGACGCACACACAUUUCCCCUUCAUUUUUGGAGGGGAAAAAGUGUGUCCUAUAGGGCAAAAAAUGCGGUAGUUUUUGGAGGAGGAAAACAAGAAAAAAAAUAUUCUGAAUCUCAGAAGCCAGAACAGCAAGAGGGAUCGCUGCGCAGUGAAAGCAGCAAUCCCUCUUGCUGUUCUGGCUUCUGGGAUAGCUGCGCAGCCUGCAUUUGCUCCAUAAGACGCACACACAUUUCCCCUUACUUUUUAGGAGGGGAAAAGUGAGUCUUAUAGAGCAAAAAAUACGGUAUUUUUGCCCUUUGGAAGAGGGGUUAUAGAGUCUUACAGAGCAAAAAAUACAGUAAGUUGGGCUUUCGAUCUCAGGGUCGUGGCUUCGAGCCCUACGUUGGUCCUGUGUUUCAGGGCGUUGGACUAGAAUGGUUCCUUCCAACUCUUCAGUGUUACCAUUCUAUGCAGCCUCCCUCCUGAGUACUGUCUCCACUGUGGGGUCCUGUGCACCCCCCCUCCAAUGAUGACGCUUGGCUCCAAAACUGUCACUUGGCACCAUCGUAUCCGAUGGUCAGCUCUGAGCCCUGAACUCCGCCGACUCACACCAAGGCGGCUCACACCAACGUAAAUAAAAACGACAAAAGUUUGAAACAAAAUCCGAACGCUUGCAAAGUAUUAAAAACCCAAUGGAUUUCUUUUCCUGCCAAAAACGCAAAGGGCAUUCCCCACAAAAAUGUCGACGGAGAGCAAGAAUAUAGAUUUAAACGGCAGCUUCUCCUUACCAGGGUCCCAGGCAAGGCCAGGUGGAAAAGUUUUUGCCCUUUGAUGGUUACCAGGACAGUUUCUGCCCCGGAUUUGAAACCCGAAGGUUCCCUAGGGAGGUUCUACAUUCGUAAAAACAUCUCAGUGUUUGUUUCUGCAUAUCCGCCUGCCCAUUAUCCAAAAAUUCACUUAUCCAAACAUAAGUAAUUAUGUCCAAACCUCACUGCACACACAGCUGAUUCAGAUAUCCGGACAGCCAGAGUUUGCCCACUUCGUUACUUGUUUGUGCUUUGCUGGUUGACAGCAGCAGUUUUGGGACAGAAGCCACGGAGGGGGGGGCAUUGAGAGAGAUCGGACCAUAGCUGCCAAGUGUCCCUUAUUUGAAGGGACAGUCCCUUAUUCCAGCGCCAUGUCCUGCUGCUGUCCCUUAUUGAUGGAUGUCCCUUAAAUGUCCCUUAAAUGGUGUCCCUUAAAUUUCAAAGGAAGCAGCUCCUCUCACUCCCUCCCUGCCGGCCGGGGAAGAGGGAGGCUCCAACUGUGUUCCUUGGCUGUGUUGCUCACCCAAUAAGAAGUCUAACGACUGGGGGGUGGAGCUUGCAUGCCUUGUGUGUGGCUAGUUAAUGCAAGCUGAAGGGUUUUUUGAAUGCUGGAUGCCAUUUUGUUGCACGUGCUGCUGCAAACGUUGCAGUGCAAAGCCAGGCCGGGGAGCCAUCUUAAGUUGAGGCUGCAUAGGCCUUGUGGUGCAUGUGAUUCAGAUUCUAUUCAGUUGAACCUCUGGUUACAAAGUUGGUUGGACAGUGUUCUCGAAGCUACCAGCAUGAGUUUGACCAGACUGCAGGAGGACAGGAAGACUGCAGUGCCUGGAACAGGUGAGGCUGCUGGUCCCUUAUUUUGGCUGCUGGUCCCUUAUUUUCAAAUCUGUAAGUUGACAGCUAUGGAUCGGACAUACCAACUACCAGGGGCUGGGGGGGUGUCAGGCAAAUUGGUUUUUCCUUUGCCUCUCUCUUGCCGAUUGGCUGCAGCAGCCAUUUUUGGGAAGAAACCAUGGCCAGCUGCGGUGACGGGGGGAAGAGAUAAUGGAUUAGAAAUGUUCCCAUUAGAGAUAAUAGAAACAAUUGGCUUUUGCGCAAACACUCCCCUAACAAACGCUUUCAUGGGAACGCAUUGUGUUUGGUAAGCAGGACUUGCGUGUGUCUUCCUCCCCCCUUAAUUUCCCACACUUCUUUCUUCCUUUUGCAACCCAGAUUCAUCAAGAAGCUGGAGCACACAUGGAAGGCUCUUGUCCACGACGGGGUGAGUUUCGGCCCAACGGGCCGCUCGGUUCGCAGAGCUGCUUUUGCAUUUAACCUGACGAGCUGUGUUUUAUUUUAAAAGUUUAAAAACUGCUCCCUGCCUCAGAAGAGCAUACCGUAUUUUUCCAUGUAUAAGCAGAGGUUAUGUUAUUUUAAAAGAGCCAUGUUAUUUGAGAGCCAGUGUGGUGUAGUGGAUAAGAGCGGUAGACUCGUAAUCUGGUGAACCGGGUUUGAUUUCCCGCUCCUCCACAUGCAGCUGCUGGGUGACCUUGGGCCAGUCACACUUCUCUGAAGUCUCUCAGCCCCACUCACCUCACAGAGUGUUUGUUGUGGGGGAGGAAGGGAAAGGAGAAUGUUAGCCGCUUUGAGACUCCUUCGGGUAGUGAUAAAGCGGGAUAUCAAAUCCAAACUCUUCUUCUUCUCUUCUUAAAAGAAUGUUAAGAAUUGGGGGUCGUCUUAUACACGGAUAGUGGAGAGGCGGGACGAGCGAUUGUUGGUUGCCAUGAGUGGGAGAUUGUCAGUGGCGUUUCUGCGGGUGAUUGGUGGGUGCGGCAAGGUCCGCUGGCUAUUGGCUGCUGCAGCAAUUGGGCGGGCGAUUGGCUGUGGCGGUCCUGCGGGUGAGCGAUUUUCAGCAUCCCCCUCCCAAAAUAGCUCAACAAGUCUGGGCAAUCUGCGUCCCCCCGAAAAGAAGCUCAGCAACUCUGGGCAAUCUCCCCCCAUUUUCUCAAUUUGAAAUCUUUCAUUUAAAGCAGUCGAAAGCACGUCCAAGUGCAGGUAGAUAAAUAGGUACCGCUCCGGUGGGAGGGUAAACGGCGUUUCCGUGCGCUGCUCUGGUUCGCCAGAAGCGGCUUAGUCCUGCUGGUCACAUGACCCGGAAGCUGGACGCCGGCUCCCUCGGCCAGUAAAGCGAGAUGAGCGCCGCAACCCCAGAGUCGGCCACGACUGGACCUAAUGGUCAGGGGUCCCUUUACCUAAUUGUUGUAUAUAUGUGUGUGUAUGUUUGUACACACCAUGUACAUCCCUGGAAGAUAAAGGUGAUACAGUCGUACCUUGGUUUUUUUGAACAGCUUAGUUCUCAAAUUUUUUGACUCCCAAAUGGCCCAAACCUGAAAAUGACUGUUCCUGCAGCCAAUCGGAAGCUGCGCUUUGGUUUCUGAAUGUUUUGGAAGUCGAACGGACUUCCGGAACGGAUUCCAUUUGACUUCCAAGGUACGACUAAGUAAAUAAAAGACAGUAAAUAUGUAAAUUUUGUUUCAUUUGUUUUACUUUUAAUUUCUUUGUAGCGUUGCAUUUGAUUCUUUUUUUUAAGGGAGAAAGUUGUAAACCGAUUAGAAUUUCUCUCUUUUUAUUUUGGAAAUGUGAAGCAAAUACAGAAAUCAUCUAAAUGAGUGAUGAAACUAAAUAACCAUUCAAAGAUGAUAAUGAAACGGCCGACUGCCAAAAUCAAAACAGGAAGCUUUAAUCAGGACUGCAAUUAGGCAGGCACCGGAAACAAACCCCACCCCACCCCUCCCAAAAAAGCGUUUAAUUUAUAGCUUUGCAAAGGUGACUCACAGCAGCGACUUGACUCUGGUUUCGUUCUGCCUCGGAAGCCCAGCUGGGAAUUGCGGAUAAUGACUCCUCCAUCUCCCUCCCUGUUUCCCUAGGACACAGUGUCGGUCCACAGGCCCAGCUUCUAUGCAGAGAGAUUCUUCAAAUUCAUGACCAACACGGUGUUCAGGAAGAGUACCUGUAAGUGUGUGUGUGUGUGGUCUGUUUGUUUGCUUUUGCUGGGGAGGAAAACUGCGAGCCGAAACCGACUUUGCAUCUCCUCCACGUUCCCUUUGGAACGUGCUAGGAGAUUGCUCUUCUUAGCAUUUAUUACAUUUCUGUUGUUCCUUGGCCCCACGUCCCCCAGGUAUUUCACCCACAUUGCCCGCCCACCCCACCCACAUUGCAGCCCACAGUAGAAACUCUGCCACUCCUGCCAACCUAGCAGUUUGAAAGCACACCAGUGUGAGUAGAUCAAUAGGUAUCGCUUCGGCGGGGAAGGUCAACGGCGUUUCCUUGCGCUCUGGUUUCCGUCACGGUGUCCCGUUGCACCGGAAACGGUUUAGUCCUGCUUUGCCACAUGACCUGGAAAGCUGUCUGCGGACAAGCCGAGGACCUGGGAAUAUCUGCCUAGACCAGGCUUCCUCAACCUCAGCCCUCCAGAUGUUUUUGGCCUACAACUCCCAUGAUCCCUAGCUAGCAGGACCAGUGGUCAGGGAUGAUGGGAAUUGCAGUCUCAAAACAUCUGGAGAGCCGAGGUUGAGGAAGCCUGGCCUAGACGCUAGGUUGAACCACGUAGGUCUCCAGAGCUGCAAGUCUUACCUUUUGACAAUAAGUAUCUGCUGUGUUAGGGACGCGGGUGGCGCUGUGGGUUAAACCACAGAGCCUAGGGCUUGCCGAUCAGAAGGUUGGCGGUUCGAGUCCCCGCGAUGGGGUGAGCUCCCGUUGCUCAGUCCCUGCUCCUGCCAACCUAGCAGUUCGAAAGCACGUCCAAGUGCACGUAGAUAAAUAGGUACCUCUCCGGCGGGAAGGUAAACGGCGUUUCCGUGCGCUGCUCUGGUUUGCCAGAAGCGGCUUAGUCCUGCUGGCCACAUGACCCGGAAGCUGUACGCCGGCUCCCUUGGCCAGUAAAGCGAGAGGAGCGCCGCAACCCCAGAGUCUGCCACAACUGGACCUAAUGGUCAGGGGUCCCUUUACCUUUAUCUGCUGUGUGCAUUCCUUUGGCUGGGAAACGUUCUUGACACAGGCCAGGGGAUCCAUCUCUGCACCUCUUUCCUUUCCAAAUGCUGAGCCAACCUGACAUUGCUGUUGCUCUCCAUCUCUCCCCCAAAUGCAGCUCUGAGGGUCUCUCCCUCGAAGAAAGGGCGGAGUGCCUUGCUAGCCGUCAAGCCCUCUGGCCCUCUGGCCGCCUUUUCGGCAAGCCAGCUCCCCUCGGAGAAGGACGAAGCCCAGUACGACCUCCGGGGGGCCAGGAGCUACCCCACCCUAGACGACGAAGGUAACGCACAUCGCCUGUUGGCCUUCCUCCUCCCCUCACCUGCAGCUAUUCCUUAGCGGUCGACCUGCUCUCUGGCACCCCCACACCCUAUAGUGCAAACAGCGUGUCUCUUCUUUUUUUAAAAAAUAUUAUUUUCAAUUUUUCUAAUAACAACAUUUUUCUUUUCUUUCUUUUUUCCUAAUAAUUUUUAUUAAAUUUAUACAAAUAUCACACAUACUGUAAAACAAAAAAGACAAAAAAACCCCAAUAGAACUGCUAAAACAAAACAGAAAAUAUAACAGCACACACUUAAUCAACACAAAUUAAUUACUUAAACUUCCAAUCUCAUAAACAUAUUAUUUGACUUCCUCUAGUCCCUCCCAUCUGAAUUUCCUUGUAUCUGAAUCUAGCAGUUUCCAAAAUCAUUAUCUAAAAAAAAAAACAGUAUACCAUUUAGAAUCAGAUUUCUUAACUUUUCUUAACAAUCUAAAUCUCAUUUAUUUAUUUCCAAAUUUUAUUUAAUUAUCUCCGCCAAUAUUUUUCAUAUAUAUAUAUAUAUAUAUAUAUAUAUAUAUAUAUAUAUAUCUCCAAUCCAAAUUUACAUUGAUUGACUUCCCCCCUGUCCCCGGUUUCUGAUUUUUCCUUUAUAAUUUCCAUUGCAUCUAAUUAUUUUUCCAUUUAAUUUCCAAUUAUCUUUCACGUCGUAAUUCUACCAUCAGUUCAUAAAUGCUACAACAAUCCUGCUAAUGUUUCCACGUUCUUGCAGUGUUCUUUAAAAUCUAUAAAGUUUUUCCAAUCUUGAUUAAAUUUUCCUUCAUCUCGGUGCCUGGUCUUCCCAGCUGGUUUUGCCAUUUUGGCAUAAUCGAUCAUCUUAGUCCCCCAUUCUUCUUUCCUCGAUAUAGUCUCUUCUUUCCACUUCUGGGCAAGUAACAUUCUAGCAGCUGUGGUUGCAUACAUAAAUAAUCACUUUUGCUUCUUUGGGACUUCAUCUCCUAAUAUCCCUAGUAAAAAAGCCUCUUGCUUUUUAACAAACGUAUUUUUGAACAUCUUUUUCAUUGCAUUAUAUAUCCUUUCCCAGGAGCCCUUUACCUUUUUACAUGUCCACCACAUGUGGAAAAAGUACCUUCUUUUUUCCUUACAUUUCCAACAUAAAUUAGAUGAGUUUUUAUACAUAUUAGCAAGCUUUACAGGUGUCAAACCCUAUACAUCAUUUUCAUAUAGUUUUCUUUUAAUGAGCUGCAGGCUGUAAAUUUUAAAUUUUCUUUUCACAGCUUUUGCCAUGAUCCAAGUAGUAUAUUAUACCCUAUAUCUUGUGCCCAGUGUAUCAUUACUGGCAAAUAGCGUAUCUCAAAAUACCAGCACCAUCCCACAAAUAUUUUUCUUCUCUCCCUUCUCCUCCAAUUUUCUUACUGUGCCGUUGCAGGUGCUAACGUUACCCAGAGUAGGGAGGAAGGUAAGAAUUCGCUUUCCGACACCCUCUCCAAUUAGCUAGUAGAAAGUUGUCCUGGAAAGAGUUGAGCUGUCCCUUCUCUGUUCUGGGGCCCGGAGAUGGUGGUUGUGUUUAUGAAUGAUGUGUUUAUGAAUGGUUGUGUUUAUGAAUGGUUGUGUUUAUGAAUGAAUUUGUGGCUGAACCAGAACCAGGCUUCCGCGGGCGGGGCUUUUGAUCCCUCGCACGACCCCCAGCUUCGCCCGGGAACCUCACCGCAGCGACGGGGGUGCUCCACUCGCUGCGGAACAACUUCCCGGCCCUGGCGCGUCCGGCGUCUUCUCCGGAAAAGGGGAGAGAACAGCUGUGCCGCCACUUUCGCCCUGAGUAGGACUCGGUUUCCUUGUGUCAUUAGAGGGUGGCUGUGCAGACGUGUGUGUUUGUGUGUGUGGCCAGCCCAUAGCUGUCAACUUACAGAUUUGAAAAUAAGGGACCAGCAGCCACAAAAAUAAGGGAUCAGCAGCCAAAACAAGGGAUUUUAGUCAAUCAGUUCCCGAGCCAAAGGCAGAAAGCCCAGCCAGCAGCCAAACGAAGCCUCAAGCGGUGGUUCCCACAGCGCAGCAACCCAGCAAAGGGGGUGCAGCAAGGAAAACCACCGUCACCUCUCCGCUGGGAAGCGCUGAGCAAAGGCGAGUUCCCAGGCAACGCGGCCGAUUUGAUCGGCACAAGGCAUGCAAGCUCCACCCCCCCAGUCGUUCUUAGACUCCUUACUGGGUGAGCAACGCAGCCAAGCAACCCAGUUGGAGCCUCCCUCCUCCCUGGCCGGCAGGGAGGGAGGGAGAGGAGCUGCUUCCUUUGAAACCCGGGAAAUUGAAGGGACAUCAUCAAUAAGGGACAGCAGCGGGACACGGCGCUGGGAUAAGGGACUUUCCCACCAAAUAAGGGACAGUUGACAGCUAUGGGCCAGCCCCCUUCCGCACGCUUAUUUGCGCUCACGCCAACGAACCUAUGUUGUGGUUCUGGACAGCCAAGAGUUAACACUCCAGAAGCGUUCUUAGUAAUUGGGUGCACUGCCCACAUGACCCAGGCAUUUUCCUUUGAUCUGUGCUCCGUGGGGCUGAGCCUCUGGAGAGCAGUCUGUUUGAGAAUGUGAGCAAGGUAGUUUCGUUUUUGUUAGAGGCAGAAAGCUGCAAGCAUGCAGCUAGAUUCUGUAGGUUUUCAGUUUGUUACAGUUCUAAACAAAGAGUGUUAGAUUAGAAGCACUGGUGUUGAGCUGAGUUAUUGAAGACACCACGUUGACACAGGCAAGCCAUUUUACACUGCAUGUAAACUCGGCUAUGAGGGACAUGGGUGGCGCAGUGGGUUAAACCACAGAGCCUAGGACUUGCCGAUCAGAAGGUCGGCAGUUCGAAUCCCCGCAAUGACGGGGUGAGCUCCUGUUCCUCGGUCCCUGCUCCUGCCAACCUAGCAGUUCGAAAACACCUCAAAGUGCAAGUAGAUAAAUAGGUACCGCUCCAGCGGGAAGGUAAACGGCGUUUCCGUGCGCUGCUCUGGUUUGCCAGAAGCGGCUUAGUCCUGCUGGCCACAUGGCCCGGAAGCUGGACGCCGGCUCCCUCGGCCAAUAAAGCGAGAUGAGCGCCGCAACCCCAGAGUCGGCCACGACUGGACCUAACGGUCAGGGGUCCCUUUACCUUUACCUAAACUCUGCUAUUAUCCAGCAACUGAGAAGAGUGGCAGCACGUGAGUGGAAGCGUGUGGGCGCCACUGGAGUUUGUCGGAGUGGCAAUAAAUCAAAUUUAUUGCAGGGCGUUGCAGCAGUGGGUCAAAGUUUUUACGACCCACAAACUUUAACAACCUGCAGCAGCUAAAAACGUCCUCUCCUUUUUCUCCACUGCGACAGGCCGGCCAGACUUGCUCCCGUGCACCCCUCCGUCCUUCGAAGAAGCCACCACCGCCUCCAUCGCCACUACCCUCUCAUCCACCUCUCUCUCCGUCCCGGAGAGGUCUCCUUCCGAGUCCUCAGAACAGCCCAGGUAUAGGUAAGAACAGCCAGGCGCCUCUCUCGAUAAGCCUUUUUCAGAUUCCGGGUGGUUUUUGAUCACCGUCCUUUGAGUGGGACUUCCGAGACAGCAAACAGGGUGACGUUAGCGGGUCUCGUCGGUGUAAUUGCCUUUGCGGGAUAACGGGGCUCGUGGCGUCUUGGCAGAAUACAGAAAAGGGGGACUUGCGCAUACUUUGAGGGAUGUUGAAAGUCUCUUAAGGCAGAGGGCCUUCUCGGUGGUGGCGCCCUGCCUGUGGAACGCCCUCCCAUCAGAUGUCAAGGAAAUAAACAACUACAGUGGUGCCUCGCAAGACGAAAAGAAUCCGUUCCGCGAGUUUCUUCGUCUUGCGGGUUUUUUCGUCUUGCGAAGCAAGCCCAUUAGCGGUUUAGCAGAUUAGCGCUACAGUAUUAGCGGGCUUAGCGGAUCAGCUGAUAAGCGGCUUAGCGAUCAGCUGUUAAGCGGCUUAGCCAUCAGCUGAUAAGCGGUUUAGCGGCUUGGGAAAAAGGGGGGGGAGGAAAAAACCCCCGCAGGAACUCGCAAGACAUUUUCGUCUCGCGAAGCAAGCACAUAGGAAAUUCGUUUUGCGAAGCACCUCCAAAACGGAAAACCCUUUCGUCUAGCGGGUUUUCCGUCUUGCGAGGCAUUCGUCUUGGGGGCACCACUGUACCUGACUUUUAGAAGACAUCUGAAGGCAGCCCUGUUUAGGGUAGUUGUAAUGUUUGAUUUUUCCCACUUUUUAAUUAUUAUAUUCUGUUGGGAGCCACCCAGAGUGGCUGGGGAAACCCAGUCAGAUGGGCAGGCUAUAAAAAAUAAAUUACUAUUAUUAUCUUAAGUAAAUAAGUAUGUGUUCAUAGAAGUAAAAAGUUGGAAGGGACCCUGAUGAUUAACUAGUGCCGUAUUUCUGAAAGUGGGCGAUAUCGCCCUCUGAGGAGCGCAGGAGCGAUCCAGGGGGGCGGUAGGAGCCUUGGGUGCAAUUGGGGGGGUCGCUGAAUAAAAAUAAGGAGGCAGCAGAAGUAUAAAGAAAGAAGAAGAAAUUGGAAAAACCGUUUGUACAUGUUUCAUCUGUUGUGUAACAAAGCUUGCCGCCGUUUCAGUAUUAAUAUGUUACUGAAAGAAUUUAAAGAAAUAAAGGAAAGGAAAGAAAUGAGGAAAGAACAAAAAUAUGUAGAAAGAAACAACAUGCAAGAAUGCAUUGUAAUAUACUCCUGUACAUUCUUAUAUAAAUAUACACAAUGUUAUUACCCUAACGCAUACAGUCGCGCCUUGGAAGCCGAACGUCUUGGCACUCAAACAUUUUGGCUCCUGAACGCCACAAACCCCGGAAGCGAGUGUUCCGGUUUGCGAACGUUCUUUUGUAACCCAAAUGUCUGACGUGGCUUCCGAAAUGUUUUGGAAGUCGAAGGGAUUUCCAGAACAGCUUCUGUUAGGCUUCCAAGGUAUUGCUUUAUAUAGGUGUUAAUCGCCUGCUUCGUUCUGUAUAAACUGAUGCCAAGCGCUGUCCAAUUUAUCCAAACGAAGUUUGCAUCCAUAAGCUGCCCGUCCGCAAGUUGUGAGUGUUGUCAUAUUCCCAGUCCAUCGAUUAAAGCGGAUAAUAUUUUUAAUUCUUCCAAUUCAUCAACAUCGGUCUCUUGGCCACCAUUAGGGCGUGUAGAGUCCAUUGCCGUACAACAGGUAUAUAGAGUCAUUCCGUACAACAGGUAUAUAGAUCAAAAGAAAAUUCAACGCUGAAAGUUUUAGCUUUUUCACGCCCUGCUUGUUCCUUCGCAGGCGGCGUACGCAGUCCUCGGGACAUGACGGGAGGUGAGUCAAAUGCUUCUCCUCUAACUGUUUGUGUCUCUCAGGAGUGGAUCAUCACGGCCAUCUGUAGAUUUCAGUGCCCCGGGCCCUAAUACGUGCCUAAUAAAUUGGAGCAGUGACCUGGGGCACCAGGGUUUGAAUCCCCACUCAGCCAGGGAAUUCACUGGGUGACCUUGGAGCCAGUCACCAUCUCGGUUGUGUCAUGCUUAUGAUAAUAUUUCAUUCUCUCAUUAAUUAUGCUGUUUUAUAUGUGUAUUUUAAGGGACGUGGGUGAUGCUGUGGUUUAACCCACAGAGCCUAGGACUUGCCGAUCAGAAGGUCGGCGGUUCGAAUCCCGCAAUGACGGGGUGAGCUCCCGUUGCUCGGUCCCUGCUCCUGCCAACCUAGCAGUUCGAAAGCACAUCAAAGUGCAAGUAGAUCAAUAGGUACCGCUCCGGCGGGAAGGUAAAUGGCGUUUCCGUGCGCUGCUCUGGUUCGCCAGAAGUGGCUCAGUCCUGCUGGCCACAUGACCCGGAAGCUGUACGCCGGCUCCCUCGGCCAGUAAAGCGAGAUGAGUGCCGCAACCCCAGAGUCGGCCACGACUGGACCUAAUGGUCAGGGGUCUCUUUACCUUUACCUAUAUGUGCAUUUUAUAUUUGACUUCACUUAGUAAUGAUUUCUUUUGAAAGGUUUAAGUUGGGGGGUUGUUAGCAUCGUUUGUGUUAAAUAUGUAUUCUGUAGUUGACCUUUGCACUGUUUUAUUUUGUAAUCUUUUAAGAUAGUAUUUUAGUUUCCUGUUAAUUACUUUACUUUGUACGUUUUAUAUUUUGACUUUGUUUUUGGAUUAUUUUAUUGAUAAUGCUGUAAACUGCUUUGAGGUUUUUCUUAAAAGUAUAAAGUGGUAUAGAAAUGAGUAUAACAACAACAACAACAACAACAACAAUAAUAAUAUUCCUUUCCUCCUAAACCCGCAGGUCUCGCGAACAGCUCCGGGCAGAACAGGACCUCCCGCGACUCACGGUGGAACUCAAGCCCAAGUGUGAAGUCGAGAUCGUGGUCCCAGACAUGGCUGCCGCAGGGUCAGGGCAAGUUGCUGUGCUGGGACGCAUGCGAAAGCUUUCCAGGCACAUGGGGGGGGUGGUCACAGAGGAACUGCCCUGAAUGCAGGAAGCGUCUCAUGUCCCAAUUCCUUGGCGUUUCCCUGUUGAAAGGGUCAGGAAGGCGCCGGCCAAAUCGAAUCGCGUCCAGGGUGGCAAGGGGUCUGGAAAACCUAAACAGACUGUCAGGGAACUGACAUCGGAGCUAGAGGUGGAGGGAAGGCUCUCCAAUGAUGCUGGAGAAGGGCCCAGCAGGGAGAGAGGCAGCUCAGCAGAUGGGGAAGCAAUUCAGUGCAACACCAGGAAUGAGGAGGGGCAGAUGGGGGAAUCAGAGAGAGGGCUCCCAGACUCUUCACCGGACACCAGCGGGGAGAGCACUGGUCCUCCGUUACCCACGCCCUCCCUGCGCAGAAGACUUCCGCGCAGAGAAAGUAGGAGGAGACUGGGUGUCAAACAACUUUUAUGUUGGAAAAGGUUUAAGAAACGCCCACUGACGGAUUCUGCUAGCGACUGAGGCAGCCACGAAUUGAAGGACUGUCCAGACAGAAAGGUUUAACAAGGCAACAUAGCCAGGAGAGGCGGCAACGUACGCGCGAGCAACCCCAUACCAUUAUACAGACCACAGGGAGAGAGUUCGGUUUCUGUUUGUGGCCCCUCUGUCAUGGAAUUCUGCUCAAUGUUGAUCCCAAGCAGAUUCCAACGUAUAGCUAGCAGAGCAGAAACUUAAAAGACAUUGCAGGAUUCCCAAAAAAUUAAGACCAGAGGCAAUUAAUAUUUCACUCGGCAGAGCUUUACUGCUACUUAAGGCAAAUGAGCAUAAUGGUCACAAAUCCAAUGUACAGUGGUACCUCUGGUUAAGUACUUAAUUUGUUCCAGAGGUCCGUUCUUAACCUGAAACUGUUGUUAACCUGAAGCACCACUUUAGCUAAUGGGGCCUCCUGCUGCCACCACGCUGCCGGGGCCCAAUUUCUGUUCUUAUCCUGAAGCAAAGUUCUUAACCUGAAGCACUAUUUCUGGGUUAGCGGAGUGUGUAACCUGGGUAACCUGAAGCGUAUGUAACCCGAGUACCACUGUAUUCAGGAUUAGAGCUGUCCAUAAGAAAUCCAGUUGCAACAGAUUUAACUUAAACUUACAAUAGCUCAUCAUAAGUAGAUUUAACUUAAACUUACAAUAACUCAUAAUAAGUCUAAACCUUAACACUAUAUGCAGAACAUCACACCAGAAGGAAAAGAGAUAGAAAUAGUAAAAUCCAGGCUCCUCCUGGCCUUAUUAUUAUAUUCAGCAUGACCUUGACAGAGAAAGAUAACAGAACCAGUUUAAGUCAGCUAGACUCAUCUUCUCUGAAGGUAUAACCCAAACAUCACGAACCUUCUGCUUGCUGCUUUCACACAAAAGAAGCUUCCAGAACCCUCUUGAGUUAAUUGGAAUAGGAAAGAUCUCUACACAUCAGACCAAUACUUUCUGCACUAAGAAAUGCAAACUGACAACCUCCCCUACAUUUGUGGGGUGGGGUGGGGGGUUAACGCUAGCCAGGUUUUUCUAAAAAAAGGCUGCUUCUGUCUUUGGUGUGCAAGCUUUCUAUCUGCGGGAGUUACGUUUUUGUAACGCACGCAAAAUGUCCCAGGGGAGUGUUCAAAAAGCCGCUGUCCCUUUGCAGCCCCUGUGCUAGAGCAAGGAUUGAGCAGGCUCUGUUGACAGGUGGACAGGCACUUAGUUUUGGAAACUGAGCCAAGCUCAGUUUUGCAAGCAAAGUGGCCCUGACCCAGUCCCCAGGCAGGGGUGCGUGGAAGCCUCGGGCAGCUGCUGCUUCCGGUCAGUGUAAACAGUCCUGAGCCAGGCCGACCCAAUGGCCUGACUCUGUGGGGCCUUGCGGUUCCGGCAAAACCACCCUGAGGGGUCGCAGUGGGGAGGGCUGCUCCUGCAAGCAAAUAACCCGGACUCAGCCUGUGCUUUCCACACUUUCUGUUCCUUUUCCAGGGAGGCGACCUCUCUGGCUUGCGCCACGGUGCUGCCGAAGGCGUCGGCGGAGGUGGAGACAGCCAGCCAGGCCUCCGAGCCCGCCAGCCAAGCUUCGGACGAGGAGGACCUCCCCGUCCCGGAUAUAUAUUUUGUAAGUUCCGUUUUAUAAACGAAGGGAAACGGCGGGGGUCAGAAAAGCGACUGGCCCCGCUGUGCCUCCUCUCCCUCUUUUUCUUUCCCCCUCGAGUUCAUAAAAACACCAGCUGGGCUGUGGCUCGGGGGCAAAGAAUCUGGUUUUUUGGGGGGGGGGCAGAAGGUACUGGGUUCAAAUCUCUGGGUAGGACUGGGAACGUCCCGGGCUCAAAACUCCAGAGAGCUGCUUGUGUACCAUAUUGACCUCUACAGAAAGCAGUUUCCUUUCCUGGUGCUCCCGUUCAAGCCAGCGCUUUAUUCGGAACCAUGAGGACUAGGGUGUUAGCUUUCGCUCGAAAUAAAAGUACCGUAUUUUUCGCUCCAUAAGACGCAUUUUUUUCCUCCUAAAAAGUAAGGGAAAAUGUCUGUGCGUGAUGCAUGGUCCCUGGAGCCGAAUUGCCCAGGGGCAAAAAGCAGGUUGUGCUUUUUAUUUUUUAGAAAGAGGGAAGGGGGUGUUGAAAUGAAACCGCUGAGCAGCUGAUCGGCAAGCGAUCAGGAGGGAGAUAAGGGAUGCUAGCGAUAAAGGAGGCUGCCUGGGAGGGGGAGGUAAAGACAGCGAACUUGCAAGGAGAGGAGACAGGAAUACCAAAACGAGAAAUUAGAAGAAAGGAGGAGCAAAAACUGCUCCGGCUAAGGAAAAGAUGCUAAGGCAAACAAGAGGGAAGGGGUGUUGAAACAAAGCCGCUGAGCAGCUGAUCAGCAAGCGAUCAGGAGGGAAAUAAGGGAAGCUAGCGAUAAAGGAGGCUGCCUGGAAAGGGGGAGGUCAAAGCACAUGGAUCCUCAGGAUUUUUGCAUUGGGUCGACCCAAAUUCACCAUCAGAUCGCAUUGCAUGUCCAUGGCUAUAGCCUGCACAAAAACACACAUCCACUGUUUUGUGGGGCCACAAUGGUGCAAAACGUGGUUACAAAGCACAGAUCCACAUGGAUCCUCAGGAUUUUUGCAUUGGGCUACCCCAAACUCACCAUCAAAUCACAUAUCAUGUCUGUGGCCAUAGCAUGAACCACAAAAAUCAUACAUCCACUGUUUCUUUCAGAAUAUUUUUUCUUGUUUUCCUCCUCUAAAAACUAUGUGUGUCUUAUGGUCAGGUGCGUGUUAUGGAGCAAAAAUACGGUGCAUAGCUCAGCGGUAUAGCAUCUGCUUCCCACACAGAAGGCCCCAGGUUCAGAGUCAGGGAGCUGCCUGGAACCCCAGAGAGCUGCUACUCAUUGUAAGGCAAGCUUGCUGUAUUUCCCUGGGUUGGGUAGACAACCCAGGAGGCGAUGACUCCCAAGAGCUAUCGAUGAACCGGCCUUGCUUCUUUCUCUCCAGCCGGAAUCGGGUUCAGAGGACGAAGUCUAGGGAGGCUGAAUCAGGGUCAAAGUGAGUCUGGGUGCUAAAGUGUGUGUGUGUGUGUGUUUGGAGUGGGCGCAGAUUCUCACGCCAAAUCCCGUCUGUUCGCUUUUUGUCAAACCUGCUAGAACUUAAAUCAGUCAUUCCUCAGCCCUGCCCCUCCAUGGCAUCUUGCUUUUGCAAUGCCCACCAUAAAUAAGUAGAAAAAGAGACUCGUUUCCCCAAGGAAGUGGCAAGGUUAAGGGCGGAAGUGGCUUCAGUAAGACAGGAAGUGACGCCAUGUUUUCUUUAAGCAAGACAGGAGAUACUCCCGGGCACCAACGUCCCAAGUCAGGACCAAUAAGAGAAAGUCCUUCACGCAGUGUGUGGCUAAACGGAUUUGGGCUGGUAAACUCCCUUGCACAUAAUUAAACUGGCAUCUUGCUGAUGACCUAGCUUUCUACAAGCAGGGAACUUUGAACGUGCAUCUGGUCGGCCCCUGAGAGAGCAGGAAGCUGGACCAGACAGGCCACAGGGCUGAUCUAGCACACUCUCCUUGGGUUCCUAAUCCUACUCGUAGACCCAUUGAAAGGAAGAACCCCCCUGGAAGGAAGCAGGAGUUCCACUCCACUCUCCCUGCACAGUCCCACCUCGAAGGCCCGUCGUUUUCUAGCUGCCCCUGUGCCCCAUAAACUCUCAAUCUGACCCCCUGCCCAGCGGGGGUAGGGCAAGAUCCUGGGCUGUAUCCAACCAAUCUUCUUCAUGCAUAUCUCUCUUUAAACAGUUGUGGCUUCCCCCAAAGAUUGCUGGGAACUGUAGUUCGUCAACGGUUCUUAGCAACCCCCCCUCAGAACUACAAUUCCCAGCAUUCCCUGGGAAGGGGGGUUGACCGCCGAGCCACUCUGGGGAUUGUAGUCCUGCGAGGGGAACGAGGGCUCUCCUAACAGCAGGCAUAGGCAAACUCGGCCUUCCGGAUGUUUUGGGACUACAAUUCCCAUCAUCCCUGGCCACUGGUCCUGUUAGCUAGGGAUGAUGGGAGUUGUAGUCCCAAAACAUCUGGAGGGGCAAGUUUGCCUACGCCUGCCUAACAGCACCCUGAGCAGAACUACAGUUCCCAAGAUCCUUUGGGGACAGGAAGCCACGUCCGCUCGAGCGCUGCUCUAAAUGCGUGGUUUGGACGUGCCUAGUGUUCUGCCCACAGUGGGGUUACUCUGAGUAGGGCUGACAUGGACUCUGGCCCUCUCCGACGGCUUUAGCUGAACAGUCUCAGCCCCAGAGGACUGGGUUUGGACCCUUUCCUUGCUUGUGCCCCUCAGUGACUCCAGCCCCAGCCCUUUCAGCCAAAGGGGGGCAGCAGCAAAUGCCCCUUGCCGGAUCCUGCCUCAGAUCUGCCUCCCCCCCUUGCCCCCCCUCCUUUUCUCCUUUGCUUUGCAGAGCAGCUUCUCCAAACAGCUGCAGAAGGGAAUCGGCUCCUGUUUUGCUUUUCGUUUCGCUCUUUUAAAAAAAAAAAAACCUGCGCCGUGUGGUUUGAAACGCAUGUGAAGUGGAAACGCAAUCUGCCUCGGUUGCUUAAUUCAUUAUAACAUUUGCUGUUCGGAAUUGGCCAUCUGGCAUUUGUGGACUGCUGUGUUCCUGAUUUUCCUCGGGGUUUGUUUUGGGGUUUUUUUGAGCGUGUCAUUCCUCCUCCCGCCCCCAAAAAACAAAGCCAACGCUCUCCUGUAUUCAUUGGUUCUGCAACUAUGGGAGGUGUAGCUUCCCUUUCUUCAGUUCAGCCUUUCCAGGUAGGAUUUGGAAAGAAAACUUGCCCCAAAUCUCAGGGGAGACCUUGCUAGCCACGAUACGGAGUUCGGUGAGCCCAAGGGAGUCAGCCUCUGUACAGCGGCACCUUGGUUCUCAAACUUAAUCCGUUCCGGAAGUCCGUUCCAAAACCAAGGUGCGCUUUCCCAUAGAAAGGAAUGCAAAACGGAUUAAUCCGUUCCAGACUUUUCAAAACAACCCCUAAAACAGCAAUUCGACGUGAAUUUCACUGUCUAACGGGAUGCGGGUGGCGCUGUGGGUUAAACCACUGAGCCUAGGACUUGCCGAUCAGAAGGUCGGCAGUUUGAAUCCCCGCAAUGACGGGGUGAGCUCCCGCUGCUCGGUCCCUGCUCCUGCCAACCUAGCAGUUCGAAAGCACCUCAAAGUGCAAGUAGAUAAAUAGGUACCGCUCCAGCGGGAAGGUAAACGGCGUUUCCGUGCGCUGCUCUGGUUCGCCAGAAGCGGCUUAGUCCUGCUGGCCACAUGACCCGGAAGCUGUACGCCGGCUCCCUCGGCCAGUAAAGCGAGAUGAGCGCCGCAACCCCAGAGUUGGCCACGACUGGACCUAACAGUCAGGGGUACCUUUACCUUUACCUUCAUUUAUUUUGUUGGGUGUCGACCUGAGUUGCAUCCCUGCAUGCCUUCCUGCAAUGGGGGGGGGGGUGUUUCCUGCCGCAGCAACAUCCUUCAUGCAUCUCAGCUCCAGCUCCAGCAAAACCUUUUCCAUGCAGCUUGAGGUCCAGCAACAGUCCUUCUCUCCCCCUACAAAAACUGCCUCCAUCAGCUUUUCUCUCUGUUUCACGAUCAUUCAUCCUCACCCCUUCCAACGUCAUCUUUUUUUUUCUUUCUUUCUCCACCUCCCAUUCAUCCUUUCCCAUCUCCCUCUCCCUGCUUUCUUUAUUCCCCCCCCCCAAAAAAUCUUCCAUCAUCUGCCCUGCCGUGCGCCACCCAGUUCACAGACGGAAGGUACUGGAUUUACUCCCCACGCCUGCGCAGGCUCCGAGCCGCCUCGGUUUCCUCUGGGGACGUAAGUGAAAUCCGCUGGCGGGGCUCAUCUCCAGCUUCGAAGUGCCCAGGGGCUGUGGUAGCAGAGGGACCCCCUUUUUCCUUGAGGCCGAAUGUCGCUCGCAGUGCUAAGCUAGCCGGCCCUAACACUGAGAGCCAGUGUGGUGUAGUGGUUAAGAGCGGUAGACUCGUAAUCUGGGGAACCGGGUUCACGUCUCCGCUCCUCCACAUGCAGCUGCUGGGUGACCUUGGGCCAGUCACACUUUCUGAAGUCUCUCAGCCCCACUCACCUCACAGAGUGUUUGUUGUGGGGGAGAAAGGGAAAGGAGAAUGUUAGCCGCUUUGAGACUCCUUAAAGGGAGUGAAAGGUGGGAUAUCAAAUCCAAACUCUUCUUCUCUAACACGAACAGCUAGUUUAUGUAGUUACGUUGCAGUAUUUCUACAACCGCCCUGUAAGGUCAGUCGGUAUUCUCCCCAUAUUGCAGAUGGGGAAAACUGAGGCCAGGGCAAGACAGGAGGAUAGGAUAAUAAUAAUAAUAAUAAUAAUAUAUAUUUAUUUAUACCCCACCCUUCCCAGUUCAAAAACCAGGCUCAGAGCAGCUAACAAAUUUAAAACACUUCAUUAUAAAAGCAGCAUAAAAUACAGUAUAAAAACAUGAAUAACAAUAAAAUUCAAAAAUCAGUUUAGGGGAAAUAAGCAUUAGGUAAUCCUCAGGGCUAGCUGGCUGAAUUGGUCCUACUUGGGCCAGGGGAGAACUAGCUGUGGGGUCUCAGAGCGGGUGAUCUUCAUAGAAGGGGAAGGAAGAGAAGGGAAAUAAAAGAUCAGGCUGAAUUCAAAUUAAAGGCCAGGUGGAAUAGCUCUGUCUUACAGGCCCGACGGAAGGAGUUUAAAUCCUGCAGGGCCCUAGUCUCAUGGGACAGAGCAUUCCACCAGGUCGGAGCCAUCACUGAGAAGGCCUUGGCCCUGGUGGAGGAUAAUCUAACUUCCUUAGCACCUGGGACCUCUAAACUAUGAUUAUUCAUGGACCUUAAGGUCCUUUGCAGGGCAGACCAGGAGAUGGUAUUCAUAGUUCAUAGAUGGCUUCAUAGUGAGCCCAUGGAAGACUCUUCCUAAUUCGUUGUUCUGGUCUCCCUGAGCAGCUAUCGCAUAGUUAAAUUAUAGAGGAACGUGCGGCCAGUUAAUACUUCCACGGCUAAAUCUCCCCAGAAUUUUCUGCCGUAUCCCAGCUGUUGCACCUCCGUCAGGACUCAAACCCGGCUGUGCUGUCUUCCUAGUUAAGGCCUUUGCAGAGCAGAAACUUGUACCCAGACUCUUUGUGUUGUUUUGCAGAAGGGGGGCGUUCCCAUCUCCCCUCUCGAGGCCACCGCCCUAAAAUAUCCAAAAGGCAACCCCUUUGUUUGGAGAAAGGCUGGCCUGUGCUAUGCGCUCUCUCUUUCUCUUUCCUGCUACACAGUUGUGCUCCGAGCUGUCCUUCUUCUCAUCUGUCUUGUCUCUUUCUCUUUCUUCGUUUUCCUUUCCUGCCCGCCUUUGCUCUUGCUUUGCUGUGCAGCAGCCAACAGACGAACGGAACUGGGUGUAUUCGCCGCUCCAUUAUAACACUCAGAUCCACUCUGUCUCCGACGAGGAGAGCGAUACAGUAAGUCGCUGGGGGUGUGUGCAUGAGAUAACCACUUGGGUCGCAGGGGAAAAGCUCCUUCUCUGAUCGCGUCCUGAUGAAGCGGACUCGUUGCAUGUCCCAGAAAGCUUGCUUUAUUAUUCCCAACAUUUGUAGAUCCUGUAUUGCUGUGGAUAAGGGACACGGGUGGCGCUGUGGGUUAAACCACAGAGCCUAGGACUAAACCACAGAGCCUAGGACUUAUAUGAUCAUUAUACAUAUAUAUAUAGAUUUUCUGAUUAUAUGCCCUAGGAAGCCUUUAUGUACUAUCACUUUUUCAUCUAUUAGAUAGGCAUGCCAUCCAAAUCUCGUCUCUACUUCCUCUAAAUCACAGGUUAAACCACAGAGCCUAGGGCUUGCCGAUCAGAAGGUCGGCGGCUCGAAUCCCCGCAAUGACGGGGUGAGCUCCCGUUGCUCGGUCCCUGCUCCUGCCCACCUAGCAGUUCGAAAGCACGCCAAAGUGCAAGUAGAUAAAUAGGUACCGCUCCGGCGGGAAGGGAAACUGCGUUUCCAUGCGCUGCUCUGGUUUGCCAGAAGCGGCUUAGUCCUGCUGGCCACAUGACCUGGAAGCUGGACGCCGGCUCCCUCGGCCAGUAAAGCGAGAUGAGCGCCGCAACCCCAGAGUGGGCCACGACUGGACCUAAUGGUCAGGGGUCCCUUUACCUUUACCUUUAAAUUAAUCCAAGAAUCUUGAACUACAGAAAUCUUUCUCCAUUACCUGUUUACCCCUUCAUGGUUUAUAUCAAUGAACGAAAUGGAGAAUUUUGUAGGCUGGUGUAAUUCCUAAGCUGUUCUAGCUGCCUGCGGGUAUUUUACCUUGCAUUCUGUCUCAGGUGCAAGAGCUUCCACGAUCUUGGGCGGGCAGGUUGUUGAAAAGCACGAUGAAACUCUGAAAAGAACCUUGACCUUUGUGCAGCGACGGCCAACACAGCCUUUAAAGCAGGGUUUUCCUAGGUGGGGCUCCCCCGCUUUUGUCGCACUACAACUCCCAUCAUCCAGCGGUUCAGGGAUGAUGGGAGUUGUAGUCCGACAACAGCGAAAGAGCCCCAGCUUGGGAAAACCCUACUUUAUAUCAACAAGGGUCAUAUGCUGGCAGCCGUCUGUCCCCACAAUCACUGUGGGAUUUACUACGCCACGAUACGUGUGUCAAUUUGUACGAAGGCGGUGCGUAAGUCUCGGCCGGCCGAGUGGGGCUGGCGCCGUGCAUCGAUGCCUUUUUCCAAACCCCCCUUUUCGCACCUGCCCCAAGCAUAGAUUGCAGGAUAGUACAGUGGUACCUCGGGUUAAGUACUUCAUUCGUUCUGGAGGUCCGUUCUUAACCUGAAACUGUUCUGAACCUGAAGCACCACUUUAGCUAACGGGGCCUCCGGCUGCUGCCACCGCGCUGCAGAGCACGAUUUCUGUCCUCAUCCUGAAGCAAAGUUCUUAACCCGAGGUACUAUUUCUGGGUUAGCGGAGUCUGUAACCUGAAGCGUAUGUAACCCGAGGUACCACUGUAAUACCAGCCAGAAACCGUUUUGUUUUGCUCUUCCAGUAACUCCUUUCUCUUUCCAUUUUUUGUCUCCCUCCUGCAGUAACUUCUAUGCAAAGCCCCCAACCAACCCCAAGAAACGAAGCGUCCUUCUUGCCACCAGUCGCGGGUCCCGUCUCGCCCCGUCCUGCUGCCGCUCGGCUGGGACGGGGAGCAGGGGCGUCGUCGCACCUCCUGGAUCCCGACCCAUCCCGGGGAAGACAGGAAGAAAGACCUCUGUCAACCACGUCUCGUUCUCUCCCUCCUCUCCCCCCUCAAGAUACGAAUUUAUAUCCAUCCAAGCAGCGACCUGUAAACAGCUCCUCCUCCUGGGGGGGGGGAGCGUGUAUCAAGCUGGGAAAGGGCCCCUUAAUUCUGGGUAGUGACCAAUUUAUACAUAUAUAUAUCCCCCCCUCAAAGUGCACUAUAUUGUAGCUACCUAUCUGUAUGUGAUACUGUGAACUUCCUCUCUCUUCGUUUUGUUUUAAAAUCAUGUAUUUAUUUUUUCCGUCCUUGCACAGAAUUGUAGCACUGUCGUGCUUUUUUUUUUUAAAAAAAGAAUUAUUAUUAAGGAACAGUUUACUGCACUUUUGGGGGCGCGAAGGAGGGGGGGGCGUUGUGAACCUGCGCGGUUGGUCACCCGGGUGGCCGCUCACCCCCCCCUUCGAUUCCCCGGGAAAUGAGGAACGGCUUUCUGCUCAGAAAGUGGGGAGAUCAAGGAGCCCCCAAGGAACUCGGCGUGGUCAGAAAUACUGCUGUGGCAGGGUUGGCAAGGCUGUCUCCGUGGACGUGGCACAGAAGCAGUCGUUUUGGCUCCUGCGAGCCAUUCAUUUCAACAUUGAGCAUUUUGUGCGUGUGUUUGUGUCUCGGUUUGGGGCCGGGCCUUCUCCCCAAAAUCCACAGGGGCUCUUCGGCGCACGAGUCUUUGAAGCGAAGGCUUCCGCGCAGCUGGCCAAGCCCAGAGAUUUCUACGAGACAGUGUCUUGCCUGGCGGUGAGGUUGAGAGACGGCCCUCUCCUUGGCUCUUGCCAUGUUGAUCUGCGUUCCUGAAAGAAGUGCAAGAAACAAGUCCCCUGUUCCGGUGGCCAAAGGCAGUUCGCUUCCACUGAAGCUUUGGGUGGCGAUUUUGCACGGCUCCACAUUGCAUCGACUUUGGAGGACCUUUCAGCCUUCAGGAGAAGGCUUUUCCAUGCCUCCGGGUGUUAACCGGAGUUGGUUAUCACCGCAGGCUGCAACAGGCAGAGGGAAGAGCUGUCUGGCGAGGCUUUGCAAGCGAGGCUGCCUUUUGUCUCUGUAACAAUUCUCCUUCCUAACAAUUUCCACCCACCUGGUCUUUGGGACGGAACCGGUUUGAGCGUCUCGCAUGCUGCUGUUCGAAACCGAGACCCAGGCAGCACGAAUCGCGGUUCCUUCGAGAGGAGGCCUGUCGAGUGCCGGAACGGCAGGCAAUGUUACAAAUCCAAACCUCCUGACGUUUGGGCUGCGGCUGCCAUCAGCCCCCCGGCCAGCCAGCUGGCGGGAGCUGCAGUUCAAAGCUUCUUGGAGGUUUUUCGAAGGCUGCCCCACGCACGUCCCUGAAAAGACGGCGAAGGCGAGAUAUUUCCACAGCCGAAGCUGCGUUAGCUUGCCUGUGCGUUACUCUCACUCGCUCACUCGUCGUCUGUUUUGUUUGCACAAACGUCCUUUUGGCGAAGCGGUUUCCUUAAAUAGUCCUUGAGAAGCGAAAGGUCUUUUCUCUCUCAGCGCAGCCUUCAGGAGAAAGCCCGGCCGUGCCUCUCCACGCGGCAGAGCCUCAAAUCUGCCUUUGAAACACAGAAAAGCUCUCCUUGCCCUUCCUGGGCGUCCUAGCCAUCUGCCUCCAUGAGCGACCCAGAAUCCGAGGGAUCCUUUCUUUGACUUAAGGGGAGAGAUAUCUCCCUCCCUGUCAAAGAAGCCUGCCACCUUCUAGACUUGUUUGGCUUUGCAAUUCAACGACAGGAACGUAUUUGGGGCGCCUGAGAGCCAGUUGCAAAGCUCUGUGAACCUUGGCCGUUACUCCUGGUGAGCAGACUUGAUUCCUUCGCCCGCCUUUCCUGCUCACCCUUUCCUCCAUCUUGACAAUCCGCCCUCAAAGACCUCUCCGUGGAAGCUCUCGCCAGCUUGGAGCCCUGCCCCACGUCGCGGGCGAUAGGAGCUGUAGUCCGAGCUGCCUGGGGGCGCCCGGUUGGCCAAGUCUGUCCCGGCUGCCAUUUCUCGACGCUGCUUGUGCUGUGUUCGCCACCACCCUUUUAAAUUUCCCCGCAGCCCCAAAACAGCUGAUCCCACCCUGUCAGAGCAGGGAGCUCCUCCUUCCCACCCAUCUCCCCAUUUCAGCAGGAAAGACAAAAUCGGUGCUUUGGGCCAGCAGGGAGCGACAUCGGACCUAUUUUCUUAGAAGUCUACAUUAGACCCAUGGGGUGUGCGUGUCUGUAUGUACAUUAUAAAUAUAUAUAUAUUUAUAUCCCGGUUCUUAUUUCGUUUUGCGUUUUGCAACGUGUUUUCGAACUUGAGCGCUCACCCCCGUUUUGACGCUCUUUGUACAGAAGGGGGGUGCGCAGGAUUUUGGGGAAGGGGGAGAAAUCCUGUAGGGCUUGCUCUAUGUCGAUGGUCACAUAUCACCUCUUCUGUUUGGGAUUUCUCCCCGCCCGCCCCCUCCCAGAAGUGUAAAUCGCUGUGUUGACGACGAACCAUUGUAGUUUUGCUGUAAAACCAGAGGCGGUUUCCUAUCUCUCUCGAUAUAUAUAUAUAUAUAUAUAUAUAUAUGCGUAUAUCCACAAAUGCAUCCCGACAGAAAGAAUUCCUCUCUCUCUCUUGAUUUUUAAAGAUUUAUCUCCCACCCCUCCGCCCUUUGUAAAUAAGCUGUGGGGUUUUCCCCGAAGUAUGUGAUGAUUUCAUCAUCCUUUCUGUAGACCAAGAGCUUUUUGGCUCCCAUGUGGAAGAUCCAAAACUUCUUAUAUUGGGGGGCGGGAAACAAAAUCCUGUUUUUUUAAAAAAAGGGGAGGAAUGUAACCUCAUCCUACGAAACAGGAGAGCCUUUCCCACUGGUACAUCAGGUUAUUUCCUCGGGGAGGGGGGGCAUUUAUUCCACCUCCCCAUAUCUCCCCACCUCUUCCUUGGCUGGGAGGGUCUCUCGCGACCCAGCCGUGCCCAUCGGUCCCGUCAGGGGCAUACCGCUGUUCCCGGUCAGCCCAAAGGCUUGGGACGUCGAGCGUAUUUUAUUAUUUUUAUUAUUAUUAUUAUUGUUAUUAUUUCAGCUCCCGUCAAGUGUGGGGACCCCCCCCGCGCCGUUCGUUUUUAACUGUUGUAAUUUAUUAUUAAAACGCUUUAUUUAAGGAGAAUUUCGGUGUUUUUGGGUUGUUUUUUUUUUUUUAAAAAGAAAAAGUUCUCUUUCCUGAUAUAGUAAGUGGACAAUCCCAUUGUGCUUCCUUCUUCUUCUUCUUCCUCCUUCCUGCCCCUCCGUUCUUUUCAAAAGAGGCGACGACAAACCAAGAUUUCUGUAUCCAGGCGUAGAACCGUACAGAGACAAGGUGGAAUUCUUGUAUGCAAUGUCGUCCAUCGCCGCCUUCUGGCAUUCCAUUCCCCCCCCCCCUUUAUUUUUGGAAAUAUCUAAUAAAAUAGAAUGAUAAAAGCA